AUGAGUGCCAAAUCCGCUAUCAGCAAAGAGAUUUUCGCUCCGCAUGAUGAAAGAAUGUUGGGAGCAGUCCAAGUAAAAAGGAGAACGAAGAAAAAGAUUCCUUUUUUGGCAACGGGGGGUCAGGGCGAAUAUUUAACUUAUAUCUGUUUGUCAGGUAAGAAAAAUGAUUUUGACAUCUAGCUGUCCUUUCAGUUUCUCUUUGUAGUUUGAUUAACUGAUUAGAUGUUGUGAUUGCUAAAAAUAAUCUAGUAUCAUGAAUUUUAAUCAAACAAGUAGAUCAACAGUAUGCUUUGUCAUUUGAUAUUCAUAGGUUUGACUACAUAAGGCAAAGGUAUGGAUGUCUACAGCAAUUAUAUGCUGUAACUGGCAAUGUUGAACUGUCCUUGUAAUUUCAGUGAUCUUUCUAGUGUUUGACAGGGAAUUAUAGGAAGAUGAAUUCACUUUGCCAUUCUUGUGUUUGGAGGGGAUGUAUGUGGGUUUCUGGUGUUGGCAUUCAGGGAUUUAUUUAUUUGGCACAUGUUUUAUGCAGAUUUAAUUUGCUUCCAAAUAUCCACUGAGCUUCCCUGGGCCUAGGGAUUCACUUGCUGUAUGAGAUCAAAGUUCCAUUCUGCCACCAUUAGUGGUCCAUUGGUUGUCUCUGGAAAGCUCAUAAGCAGGGUGUGAUGGAGGCUAUCCUUAACUUUGUCCUGCUAUGCUGUUCUCCCAAUAAAUUUGUCUAAUUCUUUUCAAAGCCAUAUAUGAUUUUCCAAAUUUUAGAGGAAAUAAACUCCACUGGUAUAUUUUGAUUUAUGUGAAGCAGUACUUUGUUACAGUUGUAACUCUAUUUUACAACAUGUACCAAAAGGUUUCUGCAUGUACCAAGAGUGACUGGCCUCAUUCAUUCCACAUUGUCCAAUAGGGUAGCAAGGCAGCCUGUUUUCUGAUAUAAUCUAGACAUCUUACAAUGUCAUUAGCGUUUUUACUAAGUUAGCAGUGCAUUCUGCCGUUCAUCCUUCUGUCAAAUCAGGUUUCCUAUUAUGAGAAUCAUUCAAUCGUUUUAUUUGCAUACCGCCUUUCCAAAGUUAAAACCAUGUUCAAGGCAGCUUACAACAUGUAAAAAAUUACAUAAUGACAGACAUAACAAAAGUAGUAAAAUAAUAAAACACCAAGAAGUACAUAUUGAACAAUUUCUACAUAAAUUAUAAGUUCUUAAAUAAAUAAAUAAAUAAAUAAAACAGCAACAACACCCACCCCCCAACAACAACACACUCCUAACAAUACCUCAGCCCAAUAGUCUGUUCAAGAGCUUCAACUUUUGUAGUUGGAGUCAGUCAGGUCCAAGUAGAAAAGGGGUUUCAGAGCAGGGAACUGGUAUUCCUGGACUCACAGCAAAGAUGGUCCCCGCUAAUCCACCCUACUCAUCCCUGGAGGUAGAUCAUUGGCAUGAGAUCAUCUUGUCCUCUCUUCUGCUAUUGGGUCACCUUGCUCUGUCUUUUGAGGACCUUUUACUCCGGACUUCAAGUUCUCUGGAGAGGAGCUCUCACAGAGGUCUUCUAAAUUCACAUCUUUGAAUAGCUAUGUCCUGCUUCCUUUAGUAGCCAAAUAGAAAUCUAAGGGUAAUUAAAAUGGCUGUAUGUUUAAAAAAUGAGGUAGAUUUGUUAACUAUCCACAAAUUAGCUUUAAUUUGCAACUUUAAAUUUUAAGCUUUGCUCAAAACUUGGCUUAACUACCGUUUCAGACAUUUUCUUUGCAAAGGUAGGGUCACAGCACAUAUGCUGCCUCGUAGUUGGCCAAUACUAAUAAUUCAAAUUUAGCUGUGAUAUAAUUGGAUAACACAGAUGCAAUAAUAACUUUUUAAAAAGAAGAUAGAAAAAGAAGGCUGUUUUUCCAAGUCAAAGCCAAUUUUAACAGUCCUUAGAGAUAACUAUAUAUUGAGCUAUGAAGGAGCUUUGGAAGUUUGUUCAGUUGAUUAUUGCACUCCUUUAGCUUGUGGGAUCCACUUUUCUCUCAUCCUUAUUCUGCUGUUGAAAAGCAUACUGCAGAGAACAGGCAACGCUUGUUAGACUGCAAAGAACUCAAGAAUAUAGUCCUGUAAUUGUAGGCUAGCAGUAUUGAGAAUUUAGCGUGUAAAGCAGAGCUGACAUUUAGGUCCAAAUGUCAUGUUGUGUAUUUGCAGUCCACAAGUGCAAAGGACAGGAAUUAUUGGCGAGUGCACACCUCAACCUGCUGUGUCAGACUGGGUCUUAACUUGCUAGUUGAUCCACUGGUUUAAAUCCAUUGCUCUUAUUUAAUAAAUUUUAUAUUUCACCUUUCAAAAGCUCAGGGCUUCUGGAAAACCAUCCUUACAAUCUGUUGUCUUCUGGUUCGAACAAUUAAAAGCAAAAAGAUUGCCCUCUUACCUUCACUCCCAGUGGAAUUGACUACAUGUAAAAGAUACUGGGAGUGGAUGAGUUCCCCUAUGAAAAUGCAGAGUAGAAUGCUUCCCUUGUCCUUCCUUCUAGAAGAGAGGGGUCCCAGCCAGCUAUUUGGAUAGUGCGCACCCCGGAAAUGAUCUCUUUCAGCUUCUGUCUUCUGGAAGAAGGUACAGGGUUAUAAAGACUAGGACUAGCCGCCAGGGAAACAGUUUCUAUCCAAAUGCGAUUUUGGUUUUAAACACAGCGUAAGGUAGUCUCUAUGUGAGUAUACGGUAUUUAAUUAUGGGGUAUUAGAGUUUUUAGGGGCUAACCAGGCUGGGAUAGUUGGGAUAGCAGGCUUGUUGGUUUUUGAAUGUCUGAUGUAGAUUUUUCAAUUUCGUUGCUCUGUAUGGGACAAUGACAAUAAAGAUUAUCGUAUUGUAUCAUAUUUGAAAGAACGGCAGGCUGGGGCUCCUACCUGUGAAUUCAUGUAGCUUGGAAAUUCUAUGCUUCUGUUUCAAAUGCCAGAACCUCCUUUUGGAGAAUGCAAAGAGGUUCAUCAGUAAAGAGGUGUUGUCUUGUGGGAUGCGAUGCAGAUUGCACCAACACUUGUUGAUAUGUCAAAAUGCAACUCUACCCUUGCACCUGAUUUUAUUGGGUUUUUGUUGUUGUUGUUAAUAUAGUAUUUUUGUACUUCUCUUUGGUUUUUUUAGAUGGAAGUCUCCUGACUUUACCAACCAAUUUUGGGAGGUACUGGUGGGGGGAGUGGGGCUUGAAAAGCCCUGCUUCACUAUCAGAAGCCCUUUGUGCUGGGAUUUGAAUCUUGCCCAGAGAUUCAUAUCAGGGUUCACCAUGAUCUCUAUGUGAUAAAAAUUAAAGACACAGGAAAUCUGAUCAUGGAUCUCCAUCAAUCUCUUAUCAUUUGACCCUGAAUAGCCUGGAAUGUCAGAGAGAACUAACAGUUUUUUCUUUACUUAGCCAUUUAUUUCUUAGUUGUUCUGAGAUUCUUAUAGAUCUAUUUCCAGAGUUCUCCUCAACUUUUCAGCUUGGGGACUUACAGGGAGGAGUCGAGCACAGUGUGGGCAGUCUUUUAAUUUCUUUAAAUCUGCCUUCCUACCCUGAGUGGGGGGCAUUACUCAUAAAUAUCAUCAGAGAACUUUUAAAAAAGUUAAGCCACUGUGGGAUAACUUACAGGUAAGAAACCCAGUGGGCUGUGUUCUAGCCUGUUAAUUGAUUCCAGUCUUGUCAUGGGUAGCGUAGCAAUAGCUGUGAGUAGUCUUUCGUCCAGCACUUGCAGAUUCAGGAACAGCUGGAAGAGACUGACUGCUGCUUGGAGGCAUGUCAGUCAAACUUGAUAUCGGGUGCCAAAAUAGCUUCUGUCAUCACUGUCUCCAUUCUAGCAGCUGAUUAGCAGCAGGGUGUUUGCUCACUGCUCUGGUAUGCCUAUUUUUAAUUUUCUCAGAAAACAGUUUUGGAAAUUAAAAGAAUCCUUAAUUUUUUCCUUCUUACUGUGAAAUGUAGUCUCCUAUUCCCCAAUUGCCAUGGGUUUCUAAAUAAUAGAAAGUGGUUCACGCACACACACUCUUUAUUUCCAGUUUUUCUCAGUGGAUGCACUCAAACAGAGAAGGCAGCUGUGUUGACACUAGCAAACUUUCAGAAUUCCUGAUGACUUUUAAGACUUCAUUUAUUGCCAUACUAUAAAGCUUUAUGUGGAAUGGAUAACCAUAAUACUAAUUUCCUUGUGGUUUGGCUGAUGACCUGUGUGGCACUUGAUGGUGUGAUUUUCUUUCAAAGCAUUAAAAUAUGACAUUUUGUUCUAAUUAAAGAAAAGGUGUUGCAUACUCUUAGCCUAUUACUGCUUUUGUUUCAGGAGGACCUCACCCAUGAGUUCACAAUUUGUGGUAAAUGUUUGAUCAUGAUGAAAGCCAUUUUAGAUGUGCAACUAGAUUAUACAUUGUGUAUUGCCAAUUAGCCCUUAAGUGAAAUCAUAAAAGGCAGCAUCGGUAAAGAUAAAAUUGCAUUGUAUAUAAGCUCUUGUGUCCAUUUGAAAUGAGGAGAGGUGGUGGUGGUUUUGUAGCUAAUGAACCCUCCUCUAAUGUGUAUAUCAGCUAAAGUUAACUUUAGCUAUUUUAAAAUUAUUGCUUCUAAAAGCAUGACGUCAUCAUGGUGGAUUGCAUGGGGGAAAGUCAUUUAUUUUACACGAAUGUGAUUUGCACAAGUAAAAUGGUUGAAAUGGAGUGCUCUGAUCCAGAUAAGCCCAUAUGUGAGCUUAAGUGCUUUUUUGUACAUACGAGUAUAUGUAUCCAUUUUCCUUUCCAUUACAGCAACUCUCACUUUCUUCCACUGUGGAGGGUUUCUUCUGGGUCAGCAUGCCAGUCAGUUGACCAGUCAACUAUUGUCGAUUGACCAUCUGCUUGAACACUUUCAAAUAUUCCAUGAUCCUGAGAUUAUUACUUGUAGCUGGCAACUUACUUUCGCAACUACUUUUAAAAUUUUGAUUUGUACUAUUAAUUGCCUUCUUUCUUGCUUUCUUUUUAGAAAAAUCAUUUAAAAUGCAUACAAAAAACUGCAGGCCAGCUGGUACUCCAGUAUAAGAGCCAAGCAGAAACUGUUCAGUAAAUUGUUCACACUAACCUAUCAUCAUUAAAAGUAAUUAUAAUUUCCAUCAAGAAAUUAAUUUCAUUAUAGUGGAAUCACGUCUUAUGCAAGGGUUAGGUUCUGGAGUCAGCAUGUCAGGCUAAAAAAUUGCUUAUAAUCAAAAUUACAAUCAAAAUCUUUUGACACACUUUCCCUCCCCUAUCAGGCUGUGAGGCACAGCUUGUUUCUGAGCUGGAGCUGUAUGCAUUGGUAGUCCAGUCAGAGGGGCAUUGCUGCCCACUCCUCCAUAUGUGAGCCUGGAGGGCAGGGAUGAAAAGCAGAGGAGGAGGCAGAGAGGGAGAGAAAGAGAAUAAGAAAAGGGAGGCAGGAGAAAAAGGCUGGAACAGUUCCUUAAACUGGUGGAUGGGAUCCUAAGGGAGGGAAGGAGGAACAAAAAACAACAACAGGGUUCCUUGCUGCUUUUUCCAGGGGUGGCAGCUGCACAUGACCUGCUGUGGAGCACUUUUUUUUCUUCUUUUUGCCAAGCAUGCAUGGUUGAAUUUGUAUGAGUUAAAUGCAAGUAUGAUGCAGCUCCACUGUAUUUCAGCUCUUUUGUGGUUAGCAUAUGUACAGUUGGUGAUUUAAGUGUGUGUGUGUGUGUGUGUGUGUGUGUGUACACACACACACACACACACACACAGAGACUGCUCUUUUUGGUAAAAAGGGGGGUGCCAGCACUCACUGGAGAGACAGUGUGGUGUAGUGGUUAAGAGCAGUGGAUUCGUAAUCUGGUGAACCGGGUUCGCUUCCCCGCUCCUCCACAUGCAGCUGCUGGGUGACCUUGGGCUAGUCACACUUCUCUCUGAAGUCUCUCAGCCUCACUCACCACAUAGAGUGUUCGUUGUGAGGGAGGAAGGGAAAGGAGAAUGUUAGCCACUUUGAGACUCCUUAGGGUAGUGAUAAAGGGGGAUAUCAAAUACAAACUCCAACUCCUCCUCCUCCUCUUCUGCUUCAUCAUCAUCAUCAUCAUCAUCAUCAUCAUCAUAUUUGAAAAAAAAGUUCUGUGGGUGCCAGCACAAAAUGGCUGCCAUGAACAGCAACGCAUUGAUAAUACUCUGUACUAGUGAAUACCGUGUGUGUGUGUGUAAUUGUUCUAAUACAGGUAAUGGUCUCUGAAAUAGCUUUUUUGGUAGACCACAGUGGGCAGGGGGGAGACACACACUCUCCAAGGUCCUGUUAUAUGAGAACAGAACCCCACAUGGUGCCCUUUAUCUUCUGGCUAAAAUUCCUUAUAUGUAGGAUGAGGCUGACUGCUUUCUCUGUUGUUUGCCUGACUAAUACUUUACGGGUGGUGUUGUAAUAUCUGAGAGGACCCAAAGUGUGAAAAUAACUGUCUCCUGAUGAUUUUUGAGGAUAGUGUAAUGUACAUGACAACUUUUCAAAGCCAAGCAGCUGUCGACCAGAUGGCUUCACUGUCCUUGAAAAUGAAGAAAAGCUACAAAACCCAAGUCUUACGAAUUCAUUUCCAGUAAGGGAAUAGUUGUGUAUUAACUAUUCUACAGGGUAAUAGUUGUGUAUUAACGUGGUCAAUUAUAUAUAUAGUGAACUGACAAACUGUGUAAUGGCCUUGUUCAGAUGUAAACAAGCCUCAGGCUCCUGUGUCCUCCUCUCAGCAUGCCCUCUUCUUUCUUCCCCACUUUGUAAUAAUUUCAGAAUAUGACAAAUAGUUGUCCAGUACAAGUUUCAUACAGAAUUGCCUGCCUAUCUUCCAUUCAUUUUUGUAGCUAAUCCUUCAGAGGGCUGUAGAAUUGAACCCAUUUAUUGUAAAGAUGCAAUAUUGUGGAAGAACAUGAUAAUUCUCCAUAUUACACAAGAACUUUGUAAGUUGUAAGAAUGCUUUGAAUAAAGCAAAUGGUAUAUUCUGAUUCAUACAAAAUUCAUCUUCUGUUAAGAUACUACCCCUAUUCCACAAAUAAGAUUUACACUGCAGUCCUGUGCACACUUACUUGGGAAUGGGACUUACUUCUGAGUAGACAUGAACUGCACAGCAUACUAUGCAUGUAACAAUAUUAUAGGCCUUAGUUCUCUGCAGGGUGCUACCAAUCCCUUGUCACUAUUUAUUGCCAGUCUUUCACAUGCUUUUUGUGAAUAAGAUUAUCUGGUGGUUUUUAGAAGUACAUGGCAGGUACUGAAAUACCUAUUCUCAGUCUCCUGGAAAACCCCUGAGGUGUUAACACACAGAGCUGACAAUGAAAACACUGGAAAGACUAAUCACUUAAAUUAGUGGGAUCCUUAUUUUGCAUUCUGACACUCCCCCCUCUUUUUUUUAUUUAAAAGAUUGAAGUUUUAUUCAUACAGCCCAUUAUAUACGGAGAAUUGUUCUGCAAGAAGUUUCUACCUCAGUUUGUUGCAUGAUCAAGUGAUCUUUUUAAAAUGUGCCCUUUCAAUAAAAUUACAACCUGUGAUGUUUAGAAACAUUGAACAGAUGGAUGCCAUUGAAAUUGUGAAGGCAACCUAGUGAAUAGUUUUAUGAAUUUGAGUUGGCAUUGAUUGCAGAAUAAGUUAUGUGGUGGUGAGAGUGGUGUCAGGAGUAUUGGAUCACACCCACAAAACAUGGUUCUGCUCUCCAUCCCCUUUUGGCAGGAACACACACACCAGUUGCAUUUGGGCUGCCCUUUAAGAUCUGCUUAUUAUUUCAGUCUCUCCAAGCUUCUGGUCUCACCUUUUCAGUUCCUUAGAUCAACUGUUCCAAGAUUUGUUGCUAACGAUAUGGCAAACCUUCUUUGCUGACUUUCAUAAACCACUUGUGUGGCAUUGUCAUUGAACAAUUAGUGAUGAGAGGCUGGCAUUGUAUGUUGCUGGUAGAUGGAUGGUGUUGUCUUUUUCCUAGGGAAUGGUACUGACUAGUUCAGUGAGUGAGUAGCAGUAUUUAGAUGGGUGGGUUCGGAGGAAAGGGUUCAUCCUUUCUUCCCCAGCUGUGAUAAACUGAAAACUCACUGCAUCACUGCCCCGUACCACAAUUGGGCUUUUGAAAUCAGCCUUAAGUAAAAUACGAUUAGGCUUAACAAGCCUUCGAACAGAAGAGAGGUGUUCCCAUAGAGGCUAGAUGGCCAUCUGUCAUGGAGGCUUUAGUUGAGAUUCCUGCAUUGCAGGGGGUUGGACUAGAUGACCCUUGGGUCCCUUCCAACUCUAAGAUUCUAUUAUUCUAAUCCAGAAAGUGGGAGGGGUUGCAUCUUGGGAGGGGAGCGGUAAGCUUCCUUUCCCAACUGUGACCCCCUACUUGUAAAACAGCUUGCCAAGUGUACAAUGAUUCAGCAAAGGUAUUGCACAUUCUUACUGAAUGUGCCCUUCAGAUUUACCUUCUUGUAUCCUUUAAACAAAAAGAUUUAAUAAAAUUUUUAUUUGAGACCAAACCAAAACAUAGCAGCAUGGCAUGCAUUGGCAAAACCAUAGAGAUAUAGACGAUAGAGGUUAGGGGCUGGAUAUUCAAGCUCAACAGAGCAGAUUUCAAUUUAUUUUUAUUUAUGAGUAUGGAAUGGAGUUACAGUGGUACCUCGGGUUAAGUACUUAAUUCGUUCCGGAGGUCCAUUCUUAACCUGAAGCACCACUUUAGCUAAUGGGGCGUCCCACUGCCGCCGCGCCGCUGGAGCAUGAUUUCUGUUCUCAUCCUGAAGCAAAGUUCUUAACCUGAAGCACUAUUUCUGGGUUAGCAGAGUCUGUAACCUGAAGCGUAUUUAACCUGAAGCGUAUGUAACCCGAGGUACCACAGUACUGCCACAUUGACUACUGUGAUGGUAGAACUAAAAAGGCUCUGAACCUCAGUCACUGAGAAACAUUAGCUACUACAUUAACUACAUUAAGUUCUAAAUCUUGCAGAAAUGCAUAUUUUCAGUUAACAUUAUACCAUUAUGAAAUAUACAAAUUGCAGGCUGAUCUUGAGUUGUUCAUACAACUCUUGUGUACCAAAGCACGGGCCACUUGAGAAGAAGGGAAAAGGCCUGCAUCUUGCUAAAGAGAACUAACUGCCUAUGUCAGGUGUGGAUUAUCCUCUCCCCCCCCCCCCCCGGUAGCCUCAGAGGCAAGAAGAAAAAGAGUUCGUAUUUUAUGGCUUUUUAUUCAGUCAUCUGGUUGCAAAACAAAAGAUCCUUGUCUCCACGCAUAGGAGACAUUGGCUACUCUGAGUCCCUCCUCUUCUGUCUCCCGCAGCAUCCUGGAAACCUACAGGAAGUCACAGGAGUCACAUCCCUCUGUAUUCUCUGUUCUUGAAAGGGAUGUGCCUUUGGACUAGGAGGGUCUCCCAUACUCUCCAGGGAGGUCUCUGCUGUCUGCUCUCUAACUUCCCCCUCCUCCACCACCACCACUAUCUUGUAACUUGGGAUUUCCUCAUUCAUCUGUACAUCAUUCCUGUCUCCCUCUCUGCUGAAACUGCUGGAGACUGGGGGGAGGCGAAACUUACCAUUCCUCUUCCUCUUCUGAGAGGAGCCGAUCAGACCAAGAAGGGCUCAUUUCCCAUUCCUCCUGUUCAGUCCAGUCCCUGACAGCCUAUGAAGCCAUGCUUUCUGACAUUUGCUACGCAAAGCAAAGUAGUCAUGCGCAUCUUCACCUCUACAUAGUUCCAUCCUCAUAUCAAUAUAUCACAAUGUUUAGCCGGUGAUAUAUUGCAAUGUUGAAAACCCCAUAUCACCCAUCCCUACUCAUCACAUCAUGACCAUCUGCUAAGGCUUAAGUACAAACAUUUUGAACUAUUUUUGAAUCUCUCAAAUUUCUUGAAGUCCAUUUGCUAAUAAAGACCAUCCAUCUGCAUCAUACACCUAUGUUUGCAGACUCCCUUUAUGGUUGCCUCUGUCUCUUUCCAUGAGCACUGAACACGGAACAGGUUUUUGAGCCAUUUUCUGAGGGAAGGCUAAGCUCCAGUUUCCAUAAUUUGACAUCUUGAUUUGACACCACCUCACCCCUGCCUGUAAUAUACUUUUUAAAUGCCUAAUUUCCUUUGUGCUCUGUCUAAAACAGUUGCACUUUUCUUUUAACCAAACCAUGUAAUUAUUGCUCAGAAUGAGAAAUGUCUAGCAGAUAAUGAACAGAAAUUCUCUAUUAUUACCUGUUCCUAAUGAGUUGGUUGAAAUAUAUUAUUUUAUUUUUAGAAAGAAAGGUCUAGGUAUAUAGGACAUAGUCUUAUGUAAUGACACAGCGAUAGACAUGACAAUUUGGAAUAUUAUUAUUAUUAACUUUCCUUGUCCUGCUGUCACCAUUCUCCUUUUAAGCAUGCUCAUAGUUUUGUUCCUUCAUGAAAAAUAGUUGAACUUGAGAAACACAGGGAAGAAAAAUCUCUUAUUUGGACUCCAUGGUAGGUUUAUCAUAGAUAGCCAAUUUUGUUAGGAUCAUCUGUGGAAGACAGGACUACACAUUAAGGGCUUUGAAUUAUCAUAAUAACAAAGGUUUACAAUUUAUGUAGAGCUUUUGAAUUGUUCAGAGUGCUUUAUGUAUAUUAUCUCACCAAUCCUUAACAAUAUCUUUGUAGGGGUAGGCAAAUCUCAUUCCUAUAUUAUAGGGAAGGUGAAAGUGGUUUGCCUAAGGCAAGAGAGUUUGUGGCUUAUGUGAAAUUUGAAGCAGGCGGUAAUCCUAGGUUUCUAACUUUUCUCUACUAAAUGGAUUUUUUUCUUUGGAGGGUGGGGUGCUAAUUGAAUCACUGAGGUAGUACAGUAGUGCAAUUGUUAAAUCAUUCUCCUCACCCCCACCCCACAAUGUUCAGUUUCUGAUCUAAAUCGUUCACUCCAAAAAUACAGUUUCCUCGGUUGAGCAGCUAGGAUCAGGAGGCAUGCUUGGGGGGAAGAUUUAAACAUUUGCGCUUUGGCGCUGCUUUUUCAAGAACACAACUCCCCUUAGACCAGUCAUGGAAGGAAUAUGGAAGAGAGUCUGAUGCCCUUCCUUAUACAUGCCUCUGGAGAGAGUGUUUCUCUCCAGAAAUCCAGAAUCUCCAGGCAUCCAGAAGAAGUAAGGGGUGGGGGGUGGGGAGAGAGACGACUAUGUGAUUUCCUGACCCCAUAACACAAAUAAGUGAUUUCCCAGUUGCAUGUAUUUCCAGUAGGCGAAAGCAAGAAUUGUAGGUUCUGCAGAAAGAAUGUUAGAGAAUUAGAAGCCUUGCAAAUGAAUCACAUCAGUAUGAAGAUCCUAUUGACGUGGUAGUUGUGUGUGAUUUUGUUCUGAUGCAACCAAAGAAUUUGCACAUAAACGUGUGCGUGGGUGCAUACACACGCACACACAUACACUGUUAAAAACACACCCAGCCCCAGUCACCAGUAGGAUGUGUAAGGUUCAGAACCUUCUCUCUGAACUAAGUUAGAAUAUGCAAAAAUGUGGAAUUCAUGUUCCUCUUCUCUCAGUUCUGUGUGGCCUGAGUGUAUGCUGUUCUGCUUUUAGAAAGGUGUUGAAGUUGGCAGAAAUCUCAAGAUAAGCUGUAGUGAGUGUUUCAAGACCUGUACAGUUUAGGAGUACCACAAUUUGUAUGAAAUUAGUUAUUUGCAAAAUGCUUAAAUUGAUACUACCCUUAAGAAAGUCUCUUGACACACUGGGCAGAUGGCAGCGUAAGGCCCCAACUGCACCAUACAUUUGAAGUAGUAUCAUACCACUUUAAACAGUCAUAGCUUCCCUCAAAGAAUCUAAUGCAAACAUACAUCUUUACUCCUUCAACAAGCCUUUCCCACUGGUAAUCUAAAAAUGUUCACGUCCUGGGAAGCUUCGACAUAUUUUCCCACAAGAGACAACUCAGUCACCUGGCUGUGAAUUCUGAAUUGCCAGAGAGCUCUUGUGAUCCCCUUGUGGGAAGUUUGUAUUGAUAUGUCUGAUAGUAAUUCAGUGCUUAUGUUAAUUGCAAUUCAAUAUACCUUCAGUCCAGAACGAACAUUAAUCACGCUUUGUGUCUUAGAGCUAAAGCCUUGCCAGGAUGCUUCAUUCCUAUAACUGGAUAUCUCCUCCAGCAGCUUCUGCCCCAUGGAUUACUCCACAUGUGAAAUACUUUUAUUCCUCCAGGAGCAUGCUCCAUGCUCCUCUGUUUUUCAAAACGGCCCUGAUCCUGUGAAUGGCUGUAGAAACAACGUGACUUCCUUAGUUAGAUUCCUUAUCUCCUCUUUCUGCCUCUUAAGCAGUGUUUUGUAAUUUCUUCAGAUUAGUCAGGAUCCUUGUAGGAAAUGCAUGUCAGUGUUAUCCACUUGACACCAUUGGGUGCCCUUUCAGAAAGUGGAGGUGAUUUAUAAGCUGUCAGUGUAGUUUGCUGAGGACAGAGUACCAAAAUCAAUUGAACCAAUGCUAGGAACCUCAGACUCGGCCAUGGCAACCUACAGUGAAAGUCAGGAAACCACUCUGUCCUUCCUUUCUCUGGACAAAUCUUGUUUCUCCCUUCUAUCUCUUGUUGUUGUUGUUGUUAUAGUCGUUUAGUCGUGUCCGACUCUUCAUGACCCCAUGGACCAGAGCACGCCAGGCACUUCUGUCCUCCACUGCCUCCCGCAGUUUGAUCAAACUCAUGCUGGUAGCUUCAAGAACACCAUCCAACCAUCUCAUCCUCUGUCGUCCCCUUCUCCUUGUGCCCUCCAUCUUUCCCAACAUCAGGGUCUUUUCCAGGGAGUCUUCUCUUCUCAUGAGGUGGCCAAAGUAUUGGAGCCUCAGCUUCAUGAUCUGUCCUUCCAGUGAGCACUCAGGGCUGAUUUCCUUCAGAAUGGAAAGGUUUGUUCUUCUUGCAGUCCAUGGGACUCUCAAGAGUCUCCUCCAGCACCAUAAUUCAAAAGCAUCAAUUCUUCGGCGAUCAGCCUUCUUUAUGGUCCAGCUCUCACUUCCAUACAUCACUACUGGGAAAACCAUAGCUUUUACUAUACGGACCUUUGUUGGCAAGGUGAUGUCUCUACUUUUAAGAUGCUGUCUAGGUUUGUCAUUGCUUUUCUCCCAAGAAGCAGGCGUCUUUUAAUUUCGUGACUGCUGUCACCAUCUGCAGUGAUCAUGGAGCCCAAGAAAGUAAAAUCUCUCACUGCCUCCAUUUCUUCCCCUUCUAUUUGCCAGGAGGUGAUGGGACCAGUGGCCAUCAUCUUCGUUUUUUGAUGUUGAGCUUCAGACCAUAUUUUGUGCUCUCCUCUUUCACCCUCAAUAAAAGGUUCUUUAAUUCCUCCUCACUUUCUGCCAUCAAGGUUGUGUCAUCUGCAUAUCUGAGGUUGUUGAUAUUUCUUCCGGCAAUCUUAAUUCCGGCUUCGGAUUCAUCCAGCCCAGCCUUUCGCAUGAUGAAUUCUGCAUAUAAGUUAAAUAAGCAGGGAGACAAUAUACAGUCUUGUCGUACUCCUUUCCUAAUUUUGAACCAAUCAGUUGUUCCAUAUCCUGUUCUAACUGUAGCUUCUUGUCCCACAUAGAGAUUUUUCAGGAGACAGAUGAGAUGAUCAGGCACUCCCAUUUCUUUAAGAACUUGCCAUAGUUUGCUGUGGUCGACACAGUCAAAGGCUUUUGCAUAGUCAAUGAAGCAGAAGUAGAUGUCUUUCUGGAACUCUCUAGCUUUCUCCAUAAUCCAGCGCAUGUUUGCAAUUUGGUCUCUGGUUCCUCUGCCUCUUCUAAAUCCAGCUUGCACUUCUGGGAGUUCUCGGUCCACAUACUGCUUGAGCCUUCCUUGUAGAAUUUUAAGCAUAACCUUGCUAUCAUGUGAAAUGAGUGCAGUUGUGCGGUAGUUGGAGCAUUCUUUGGCACUGCCCUUCUUUGGGAUUGGGAUGUAGACUGAUCUUCUCCAAUCCUCUGGCCACUGCUGAGUUUUCCAAACUUGCUGGCAUAUUGAGUGUAGCACCUUAACAGCAUCAUCUUUUAACAUUUUAAAUAGUUCAGCUGGAAUACUCCUAUCUCUACCUUUCCUUAUUUCCCUUAUUCCUUAUUUCCUGGGCCUCAAAGGCUUUCAACCUUGCAAUACCCAAACUUCAGUCAUUUGCAUCUAAGCACUCUUUUCUCCUCCACACAUUGCAUAUGGACUUCGGUUGCAACUAUUGGUUCCCUACGCAGUUUCUCAGUCUCCGUCUAUCUUUGUGGAGGGACUGUCGUGCUUAAGUAUUAUAGUAGUAGCAGUAGUAAUAAUACCCCGCCCAUCUGGCCCAUUUAAGCAAUGUGGAUUUGAGUAACCUGUGUAACUUGUAACAACUAGCCAUCUUGCCGUUUUAUAUUUGUGCAUUAGGACUUCAAGCCACAAAACCACUUUCCUCACUGUCUGCCAUUUUGUGUAAAUAUAAGUAUUAUAAAUAUAGUGACAUUUGCUGUUCUUGCUCAUUCCCCCAAACCUUUCUAAAUUGGCAGGAGCAUGACCAUAGUGCAGUAACCUCUGCCAAAAGUUGUACUUCUUUGAGCAUUUGUGACAGGUUCGCAUGUAGGUGUGAAUGGGAGAACAAUCUGAUCCAUUAAUACUCUUGCCACACUUUGCACCCUAUUGUGAAGACAGGAACAAUCCCCAGUUUCCCUUGCCAGCUCCAAUUUUGCAGCUAGAGAAUGUGAAGGGAGCUUGUUGUUUUUCCCUUUCUUUAAAAGAAUGGGUAUCUGACCAGUAAAGUACUUAUAGGUUGCAGUCCUAUAUCUUCUUACCUGAGAGUAUGUCAAGCUGAAUUCAGUGGGACUUGCUUCUGAUGUAGCCAUGUUUAGAAUUGUGCUGGUACUCACCCUGACCUCUUUAGUAGAAGGUCGUGUGUUUGGAAAGGGUGGGGGUGUAUUCAAACUGAUCUCGCACCAUCCCCAGGUAUUGCAUUCUGCUAGUCAUAAUUUUUAAAAAAUUGUUAGUCGAGUCAGUUCAGGAGAGAGGCACCACUUAAGACUUCAGAGAGCAAGCCCAUUCCAGAAUCACAGACGAGCUGCAUUACAGGAAUGCAAAGAAUCUUAAGAUUAGGUAUUGGUAUGGUCCAUUCAGAGUGACUUAAUAUGCUGGUGAUAAGCAAAUGUAAACACUGUUGAGAUAAGUAAACCAUACUUUAAAAUAGAACACCAUUUCCUUGAUUAUAAAUAAGGGCUGUGGAUCUAGGAAAUAUUGCCAACUAAACUUAAACGAAGAGUUUGGAUUUUACAAAAAUACUUAUUCCUCAAUAUGGGAAAGUGGAAAAUUGGGUUGAAAAUAUGACUUCUGGUAACUUUGACUAUAAAAUACGUCUAAUUUAAGGUUUACUUCCAUAUAGCCUAUGUGUAUGGACUUGAGUUGUUAUGCUAAUAUUUCUAUUUUGAUUUUUCUUUUUUAAAAAGAACACAAUUAUAAAACCACAUAAAGGACUUUAAUUAAAAAUAGCUGAAAAUGUAGAUAUAUUUUAGUUUUUGCUUAUUUGAAUACCCAUGGAGUUAAAGAUGUCGGGGUCCUCCACUAAAAAUGCAGCCAGCACUCAUAGGUUUCACCUAAAAUGGUACUAUUCAGCCAAUUACUGUAUUUUUCGUUCCAUAAGAUGCACUUUUCCCCUCCUAAAAAGUAAGGGGAAAUGUGUGUGCGUCUUAUGGAGUGAAUGCAGGCUGCGCAGCUAUCGCUGAAGCCAAAAGAGCAAGAGGGAUCGGUGGAUCCCUCUUGCUCUUCUGGCUUCAGGGAUAGCCACGCAAAGCCUCUUAAGCGCAGAGGGAGCGCUCCUCCCUCUUCGCUCAGGAGGCUUUGCGUUGCUUUCACUGAAGCCAGAAGAGCAAGAGGGAUCGGUGCGCACCGAUCCCUCUUGUUCUCCUGGCUUCAGACAUAGCCUCACAAAGCCUCUUGAGCGCAGCCGGAGUGCUCCUCCCUCUUUGCUCAGGAGGCUUUGCGUUGCUUUCUUGUUUCUUGUUUUCCUCCUCUAAAAACUAGGUGCGUCUUAUAGAGCGAAAAAUACAGUAUGCAGUUUGCCUUCGGUUCAACUGUUUGUCCCCAGUUUGCAGAUUUACAGGCCAGCCUGCAAGAGAAACUUUUCAGCCCUCCUUCCCCAUGUUACAAUGGAAGCUAAAAGAGGUGCAAGUGAUGUGCACAUCUCCUUCCACAUUAGCAGGAGUUGGACUUCAAGCUUAACAGGAAAUUAGUAAUAAUAAAUUUUUGUUUUUAUUUUUAUUUUUAUUUAUACCCUGCCCAUCUGGCUGGGCUUCCCCAGCCACUCUGGGAAGCUUCCAUCAAAAUAUUAAAAUACAAUAGUACAUCAAACAUUAAAAGCUUCCCUAAACAGGGUUGCCUUCAGAUGUCUUCUAAAAGUCAGAUAGUUGCUUAUUUCCAUGACAUCUGGUGGGAGGGCAUUCCACAGGGUGGGUGCCACUACUGAGAAGGCCCUCUGCCUGGUUCCCUGUAACUUGGCUUGUUGCAGUGAGGGAACUGCCAGGAGGCCCUCGGCGCUGGCCUCAGUGUCUGGGUAGAAUGAUGCGGGUGGAGAUGCUCCUUCAAAAAAGGUGGAACAUUGCCUAUAAAUCAUCCUAAAGGCUAACAUUGUGGAAACGUUAAACCUAUUGAUGAGUGAAUUUUCAAAGGCUGAAUAUUCCAAAAGAGCAGAGUGUAAAUUCCAAGCCUUUUCCUAGCUGAACUCUUUAUUGUCCGGUAAAUAAGCAGUUUUACUUCUCAAGGGACUCUGGCAUCUUUCUCACAAAUGUAGCAGAAGAUAUGGGAACCUUGCAUUUUUUCCCCUCCAAGGACCCAAACAGUGUCAGAGGGCUGUCAGUGUUAUGUCUCAUCCUCUUCCCCAUCAUUUCCUUGUAAGAAGAAAAGGUUUAGUAGCUGAAUGUUCCUGCUGUAUCAAUUCAGUGUAAAAGCACUUGCAUAGUAUUCCAGCAUAAAUACACUCCCUCUGCUUCUGCAUUGCUCUCUUGUUUUGCAAUUGCCUUUCCGUUCCUUUGUUUUGUUCAGCUUAAUUCUACACAGAGCAUUUCCCGCAUUCCAGCACCAGGGUGUACAUAAUCUUUUUUAAACAAUGCUGAGCAGGCUAGGCUGUUGAAAGAUUGUUAACCCACACUUCAGCACAGUUCUGCUGUGCAGAGAGCAGGAUAGCCUGCUGAUGGAUUGGGACUAGGUAACUUAAGAGUAGCUGCAAAAGGUGGUAUUCAACUUAAGUUUUAUUUCGAGUAGACCUAUUGAAUUGAAUGGCCCUAACUUAGUCAUGUUCAUUAAUUUAAAUGGGCCUAUUCUGAGUAAAACUUAGUUGAAUCCCACCUUUCUGGCUUUUGGGAUUUUCAUGUUGUGUUACAUUGAACCAACUUGCUUUCUUCUGAAAGGGCUCUGGAAGGAUGAAAUUCUUGUUACGUAAACAGAAUCUAGGUUCUAUAUGCCUCUUGUAUUAACAUCCGUAAUAGCUUUUGUUUAUGUGUUUGACCUUCUCCUGUAAAAAUAAUAAUACUGAGUGCUUUUAGUGUUUAAAAUAUAUAUUUAUUUUCUCAUGAUCAGUGAACUGUUUUUUACACAUUAACUUAGACUUACUAUAUGGUGUGUGUGUGUGUGUGUUUUCCAUCCCAUAUGGAAACUGCAUAAAAUUAAAAAGGAAGGAAUAGGUUAGAUGUUUGCAUAUAGAACUAUGCAAUGGUUGUGUGCGUCUGUGGCAAAAUCAAAGAAAAUAGUUAUUUGCAAAUGAAGAUAAAAAUGCCAAAAUGUGACCUAUUAUCUGGCUAAUUUCAACCUCAACAUACUCUGCUCUCCAGGUGUCUGAUAAAUAUUUAUCUACUAGGGUGGCGCUGUGGGUUAAACCACAGAGCCUAGGACUUGCUGAUCAGAAGGUCGGCGGUUCGAAUCCCCGCGACGGGGUGAGCUCCCGUUGCUCAGUCCCUGCUCCUGCCAACCUAGCAGUUCGAAAGCACGUCAAAGUGCAAGUAGAUAAAUAGGUACCACUCUGGUGGGAAGGUAAAUGGCGUUUCCGUGCGCUGCUCUGGUUCGCCAGAAGCGGCUUAGUCAUGCUGGCCACAUGACCCAGAAGCUGUAGGCCGGCUCCCUCGGCCAAUAAAGCAAGAUGAGCGCCGCAACCCCAGAGUCGGUCACGACUGGACCUAAUGGUCAGGGGUCCCUUUACCUUUACCUAGGAACAAAGAAAGAUCUUUUAGUGUCAUGUAGGAGAGGGAGCAUUGGAACCCUGCUAAGAGAAAGAGAGAGAGAAACUGAAUUUGUAACAAGCAGUAUAAGAGUGAACCAGGAUAUAAUUUAAUAUAUAUUUCAACAUCUAUGCUGUUAAGAGGCAGAGGAGUAUCAUCCAAGCAACUGAAAAUCAAAUGGGUCUGUUUUGCUGUGAUUCCAUGUAUUGGGACCAACAGUUGGCUGAUUUGUACUGAAAAAGGGCACUGAAUUCUUGUGGCUAUUUUAUAUUUUUUUUUAACUCCUCAACCCAGCUCUCAACAACCUCUCAUAUCUAGUCACUGAAAAUUUUUAUGUUGUAUCAUAGAACUGCUGUAUGGCCUCAUUGCUCCCUAUUCAAUAGGGAUAGUAGAAAAGAUGACAAGUACCCUUUUACCUUCCCCAAACUGGUACCUUCCAGAUUAUUCUCACUCUCCUUUGCAACCCCCAAAUGGACCCCACAAAAUUGGGAGCCCUCUAGAAGAAAGGUGGUGUUGUGUGGGGGCCACAGGAAGAAGGUGAAUUAACAAAAACCUCAUAUCCUCCUUUUAUUAGCACUGGUGUCCAUUGGAUCAAAAGUCCCUUUCUGAACACAAGGGCACCAGUUGGAUUCCACCCAGUGUAUUUGCUCACUCAUUUUCCUGUUACUUUACCUUUUUCAAUCCCUAUCAUCAUCAGGGACUCAGGUGAUGAGAAAUACUUCUGUCUGAGACUUUGAAGAGCUGCUGCCAGUCUGAAUAGAUAUGGGGCUUGUUUUACCUAACCAAAGUUAAGAUUAAUCACACUUCUGCGUUAGGCUGACUUGCUAAACUAGGAAUGGAGAACCUGUAGCCAUCCAGAUGUUGUUGGACUUCACGUCCUUAAUUAACCCCAGCCACCAUGGCCGAUGGUCAGGGAUGAUGGGAGUUGUAGUCCAUCAACAUCUGGAGGGCCACAAGCUCACCAAUCCUGUUCUGGACCACCUUUAGCUAUAAUAUAAAAUAGAAACAGAAAUUCUGAUACCCCUUGUUCUGACUUCACCAGAAGAGAGGUAAAUGGGAGCACACAAGCCUAAGGCUCAUUGUUGUAAUGCUAAAACCAUGGUUUACCAUUGCAUCCAAAUUCUGUCAUCCAAAACACUUAGGAUGGUGAGUAUCAUAGAUUACCAAUCUGGUAUGGUGUAAAAGGUUAAAUAUUCUGUUGCAUAAAAGUAUGUUAUCCCAUUCUAGCCGAGAACAUGUUCUUUUUGUUUGAAAUGUGGAUUCUGAGCUAAAAUUAUCCUGCUGUUUUAUUUCCCUCAGCUUGCCAGCCCUCGUGUCAGGUAAUAAUAGACCCAGUUCAUUCUGGAGGGAUUUGCAGUUUCACAACACUGUUCUUACAGCCGGUGUUACAACUUCAGUGUUACUCAGAAUUCUUGUUAACAGACUGUGACAUGAACUUCCACAUAGAAGGCCUGUCAUUUUAAGAAUAGCUAUAACAUGGUGGGACUAGAGAAGAUCUGCCCAAGGAGUGAGGACUUGACCAUAUGUGUGCUUUUGUUCAUUCCCUGGGCUGCUGAUCCUAGAAUAAUGGAAUUCUAAAGCUGGAAGUAACCAAAAGUGUCAUGUAGUCCAACCCCCUGCUGUGCAGGAAUCACAGCUACCUGAGAUAUCUAAGGUUCCCUGUAAAUGCUGGAAGAACUGAGACACUUCUUUCUUCUCUGCCUGAGAUAACAACUUUAUCAGUUGCUGGAAGCCACAGAAGGGAAGACAGCUCCUGCUCAUGGGUCUUGCUUGCGGACACAAGCAUCUGGUUGGCUACUGUGAGAACAGAAGUCUUGAUUUGAUGGGCCAUUGGCAUGAUCCAGCAGGCUCUUCUUAUAUGCUGCCCUUGGCAGAGUCUCUUGCAUCAGGGGGCAUAAAAAGCUGGUACUCUUGGGAAGCAGGCUUGCCUUGGCACUGGUGACACCAAAGGGAGUCUGUGGGAAGGGGAAAGCAGGCUUGUGAAUCCCCUUCCAGUUUCAACCAUGAUGGUUGGGUAGGUUUAAAGCAUGUGUUUCUCCUGCACAGGGUGGGAACCUUUGCAGUGAAUUGUCUGACAGAAGAAAGUUGCCAGAUGUCCUCAGAGUGGGAGUCUGUAAUUGGCAGAAGGUUGGCCUUUCCUGGGUGUGAGCCAAGGUUGGAGCACAUGUGCUUUUGUGUGGUCGGGACUGGGAUAAUUGGCUGAUUGUAGUAGAUAUUUUUUUGUCAGGGGGAGGGUCUGUUGUUUACAUUAUGUGCAUGGGAGCAGCUGUUUGGCAAGGGUGGGACAUUGGUGAUGCCACCUCAGUUUCAGUGAACAUGUUCAGGGGAUACACACGGAUGUGAUAAGUCACCAUGGAAGGAGAGAGCAAGGCUUAUUUACACAUUGUUCCUUGCUCCCACCCCUUCUGUGGUUGGGUUCCUAGUUGCUUUUGACCACCAGCCUAUGUGUCUUGGUGUUUAAUGCCAAAUUGGCAUAUCAUAGAUUCAUAGAAUCAUAGUUGGAAGGAAAGAUCUGGGGUGUAUUACUGAGACAUAUUUGACCCCGCUGUGCCCAUCCAGAUACUCAUAGACUGUGGGGUGGGGCAUGACUGUGGUCCACAGGACUUCCAUCUCCAUUAAGAGGAAACCUCUCUGUCUUGGAGCUAACUUUGAGGACCUGCACCUGGUAUCAGGCCCAGGAGACAGGAAACUAGGGUUCCUGUGAUGUACUGUCAAUGCUGCUGUCAGCAGCUUCUCUUACCAAACUGAUGGAAAAAGUUUUGGAGGGCAGUGUUGGAGUAAUUCAACUUGCAUGAUGAGUCUGCCUCUAGUAUUCUGGCUCAGGACUCCAUGAUGAGCUGGGGGAUGGGAUAUCACCCCAUUGUCAUGGUCAGUCAAGUUCCUGGUGAACUUUGAACUUAUGGCUCCAAUCCCCACCCCCUUACAGGGGUAAUGGACUGAUUCAGGGAAUGUAGAUUUAGAAUUUUAGGAAGCCCACUGUGACUUGUUUGCCAGCCACUUUGACAGUAGGAUUGCCUGCCUCCACAUCAAUUUUGACCCCGCAUCCAUAUUGUGUUUAGGGUAGCUAACCUUAUCCUGCAGAUGCUACAGGACCAAAGCUCCCAUCAUCCUUGACUAUUGGCCAUGUUGACUGGGCUAUUGGGAGCUAGGAGUUGAGUAAAAACCAAAGGAUCACAUGCUAUCUACCCCUGGUUUAAGUAAUGGCUGGUAAGGUGGGGGGAGAUGGUUUGACUGGGGAGCUGAACUGGAAGGUGUCCUAUUCCUGGAUAGGUAAGUCAUAAUCAUUUGGAAGUUCACUGUCUACCCAGUUUAGACUAACUAGGAAUGAGUGGUAACAAGGCGAAGGACAGUUUGCAAGUGGCCUUCCCUCAGGGCCAUCUCUGAAAUGGUUGCCCUCCAGCUCCACACAGAGCCAUUAAAGGAACACUACAGAGAAAUGGAGAGUAAAAGAAAGCAUAGUUUAAAUAUGGAAAUUGUGCUGCUGCUUUCUGGUACUUUAUUAUUCUGAGGGUAUCCAGUUCCAGGACACCAUUGCAUCUCAUUUUAAGAAACUGUGUGUCUUUAUGUGUCCUUUCUAGACUGUAUGAGAAACACGCUUCAAUCCCUCAAAUGAUUUAUUCCAGAAGAGUUAAUGGUGAAGUCAGUAGAAUUCUUAUUUGGCUUCUGUCUAUAUAUUAACUGAGAAUUAUAGACUUGGAAGUAAAACACACUACAGACUCCGCUACAGACCCCUUUCUCAGACCUGUCUCCCUGCAUCUGACGUACCCUAGAUCUUGUGAAGCCUUCUGCUUAAGCCCCAAACCUGCUAAGACUCUAAACUAUAUCCUACAAGAACACUGAAUGCUUAUCUCAUCUCUGACUAGUGCUGUGCAUAGUCAGUGUGACUUCUUUCACUCUGCUUUCCUAAUGACUCUAAUGAGCAGACCAUUGAAAAUAAAUGGAGAGUGCGGGAAGAUGUAGAUAGAGCCUGUAUGCAUUGCUGUUUUUCAUCCCCCUAAAUGGAAGGAGGCAAGGAGAGAAUUUCCCAUGUAUUCAUUGCAAAUGCUUUCAGGACUGUAUUAUUGAUGCCUCAUAUGUACCCUUUCUGAUAAUUACACCACAUUAAGCCAUCAAAAAGAUGACAGGACUUAACAGAAAUGAAUAUCAUCAUAGUAAACAGGACAACACAUGGGUGAAUACCCUGACUGAAGGAACAAAUGCCUAAAGUAAACCUGAUUAUAGCAUAAUGAUCAUUGGAUUUUCAUUACUUCAGAAGGUGAUCCUCUUUUCUAGCUUGAACACACUAUUGUGACAUAACCAGACCACUGAUUAUAUUGCACCCCUCUCCUUAAUAUUUCUGCAUCCAGUGGUAAUAAAUCACAUUUAUUAGCUGUGAUUUUGUUUUAGGUUUUCUUGAUUUUUAAGAAAGAACUAUUUGUAACACCUUUCUCUGUUCAUAGACAAUACAUGUUUAUGAACAGCAGAAGUAAUUAUUGUGAUAAUUCCAAUAUGUAAGUAAAAAUAACGAUACUCUUGCCAAAUAAAUGUCUAUAAUUCUUACGACUGUGCACAUUUGUAAAAAUGUCAAGUUACUUGCUUCCAUUGCUGCCUAGCUUUCUUUAUUAUUUUUCUCCUACAUAUUUAUUUUGUUUGGGUUUGGGACUUCUCUCCCAGUGGUGAGGUUCCUAUCCAGGUUGGAUGUUGCAUGGCACAUUAUAUUUAAACAAACCAACUGAAGACAUUAAUGAAUGCCAAUAUGUUCUUAAUACUUCUUAAUUCAGAGUAAUGCAAUUUUGAUAUCCUACAGCAGGGUUGGCUAACCUUUGGCCAUCCAAAUGUUGAUGGACCCUCACUCCUAUCAGUUUCAGCCGGCAGGGCCAAUGGUCUGGGUUAAAGGGAGUUGUAGUUCAUCAGCAUUUGGAGAACCAUAAAUUAACCAACCCAUCCUAUUGAUUACCAGCAGCACCUCUGAUAGCCAGGGGUGCAUGUUUCCCUGCAGCUGAUAUUCAAAGGCAUCUAGUCUUUGAUCUUGGUGGUAGUGUAUAGCCCUUGUGAUUGGUAGCACUUGAUAGCCGUAUCCACCAUGAGCUUGUCCAAUUCCUUUUUAAACUUAUCCUUGUAUCUUAGGGUUGUCAUUACGUCUUGGGGUAGCAAAUGCAUGCAGGUCCUGCUAUCCAAAUCUCAUACAAAAAUUUGCUUAUUGUAACAUGAGCAACUAGUACUCAAACCUCACUACACACACCACAGAUUCAGAUAUCCAAACAGCUGUACCAGCAUGUAGGACUGUAAACAAUUAAGCAGCCUUAAACAACCCUUAAUUUUUUGUGCUUCACAGAUUCAUGGCACGUAUUUCACCAGAAAUCAUGCCUUUUGCAAGGUUUCAGAGGGUUUCCCAGGGUUUUCUGUAAAUUUGGGGUCAAAAUUCUAUGGUCAGGAACACAUUAGAAAUUUCACCAUAGGAAUCAGUGGAAAUCAUAAACUCAUUAUGUGAACACUUGCCUAACAAACAAUUUCCUGAGAAAGCAUUGCAUUUUGAUAGCAAGACCUGUGUGUACAAUAAAUUAUAUGCUGUUAAAAGUAGUACUUCCUUCUGUCUGUUUGUAUCUUCUCACCAUUAGCUUAAUUGCAUGAUAGAACAGAGUGCAAGAUAAAGUGCUAAGUGGUGGUACAAGUGAGUUGUACCAUGCAUGUGAAAUGGAAAGCAUUGACUACAAUGGGAAAAUGAGAAGUUGCAUAAUUUACUCAAAUGUGGGAUAACUAGGCACCAGGAAAAUCCAGGCAAACAUGUUUGAAUCAUAGCACUGACAUGCUUGUUUAAUGCCUGAUGUUAUGGCUGGGGAAAGGAUUUUGAACACCUGAGGACCUGCAGCUUAUCUGCCCAUUUUCUAAAUGGAAUGAAUUAUAAAUAUAAAAACUUCUGUUUAUAAUUCAUGCAGUGGAAAUUUAAAGUGCCCAUUAGUUAAACCAUAACAAUUAUUGCCAUUAUUUCUGUUUGAAAUCCUGUGAAAACCAGUGCCGUAUAAUUAUUCAUUAUUUAAACUUUAAAAAAUAGCUCUGCCUGAUAAUUUGCUUGGAAAAAAGGAAAGGAAAGAAAGCAUAUCCACACCUCUUGCUGGAAAAAAAGCCUUUAAAUUAUGUUUUAGAAUUGGACAGCAGGAGAGAACAGAAUUGUUUGGAAAUUGCUGCUGCUGGGGUUUUUUAUGGCAUUCUUGUAAAAUCCCCAACAGUAUUUAAGAGAGAUUUAUUGCAUCUCUGGGUGAAAGUGUCAACUCAAAUGACUUCCUUUUCUUCCUAAUGUGUGUCCUGCUAUGUGAAUGUUAAUAAUAGCACCAAAGCUUGAAGGUGAUCAUUAUCUCUCAGAGGAUGCUAAAACCACCACUGGGGGUUGGUGGAAGACUGUUUCUUAAAAACAAAAAAAAAGUUAAAAUGUCUUAAAUCUAGACAAAACUUGACAAAUUAUAAGGCCCCAAAAGGCUACUUCUGACAAUGUAGUUUUAAAACCAUAGUUCUCUUAAUAACCCAUAGUAGUGGGACGAGAGAAAUAAGGAGAGCUUGACUGAUCUGAUUCUAUUUAAUGAAAAAUGUGCUUGUGUUGACUAUUUAUCUUGCCAUUGCUCAGGGAGUGUGUGAUUGAGCCCUGCCUGAAAUAGCCAACCAGUAGCCCUCCAGAUCUUGCAGAACUACAAUUCCCACAAUCCCUGGCCAUCUGGUCAUGCUAGCUGGGGCUGAUAGGAUUGUAGUUCAGCAAUAUCUGGAGGGCCACAGGUUAGUCACUUCAGCAAUAAUACAGGGAAAGCUCGGCUACAGGGAAAACUCAGUGAUGCCAAAUGAUUCAAACCACUGUGUCUUAGCCUAACCUACCUCACAGUUGUUGUGAAGAUAAAAGAGGAAGCCCCAUACAUGCCACCUUGAGCUCCUUGGAGGGAAAGCAGAAUAUAAAUAAAAUAAAAUAAAAUGGUGAAGAAAUGCCCUGGCUUUUUUACUCUUCCCGGUUCAGGGCAGCUGUGACUGUCUUCUCAGAUCAGGAGCAAAAGCAAUUUCCGUUUCUGAGCAGAAAGGGAAUGACAUGGCACUGUAUUUUUCUUUGGCUUGGGUGGCUGCAAAUAUGUGGAGUCCUGGCUUUCAUGUCAGCCAUCCUAAUUUUGGAACUGAUUUUGUGGACUUUUAUUUCUCAUCUGUGCAGGGCAGUUAAAGAUGCAGCUGAUCACCAGUGCCUGAUUGUAGGUACAGUACUGUAGUAGCAAAGCUGUGAUUGACAGGAGUGUGGCCUGUCAAAAUGGCUUGCAGGGCGUCUGGCCCGCCAGCUGGCAGUGAUUCCCCCCCCCCCCCCGUGUGAUCACCCACCUUCAACUCACAUACUUUUCGGUGUGUUGAAGUGCUGCCAGUGAUUCCUUCCCCUUCCCCCAGUCGUUCAGUUAUUCAGACAAGAUGGGUCCCUGCCUUCAUGGCCACUUUUGCUGGGAGCCUAAGCAUGCCAUGCAUUGUCCCAACACAGAGACCCUUCUGCUUAGCGUCUUUUGUAUAUUGACAGUGGGUUGAGUUCUUAAAAGAUUUCGAAGCCCCUGGAAACUUAUUUGCUGCUCCAGCAUUUAAGUGCUUAGAAUGGGUUGCAGCACUCCCUAUUAUUCCCUUAAACCUGGCAUUACAUCAGUACUGCAGUGUCUUAACUCCUGGGGGCAAAUGUUUUUAGGACACGAGUUUAAUAGCACCUCUUGAAAUCGUACUUAUCCUUUUAAACAGUGCGUUCAGAAAACUGUAACAUUCGGGUAUCAACUAGUUAUUGAUGUUGCCCGGCUGUUGAAAUAGUGCAGUGGGGGGGGAGGCUAUUUAGAGGGGGGAAGGAAUUGUGCCAAAGCUCCUUGUCUUGUAUUCUUCUUAUCUUGACUUGGAAGAUUGUCAUGCCAUUGCUGCAGGGCUCAGAUAGGAAAGGAAAGAGUUCCGAGUCUGACCCCUGCAGACAGUCGUGGCAUGUAAUACAAAUGUGCAGUUCAGCCAAACUCUGACAAACAGUGAUAAAUUGCUCUAAUCCUGCGCUUCCCUUCCCCACCUGCUCAGAUUGGCCUCUCCUGGCCCCAGUUAGGUGAUAAAUAAGGAAGGCUACUAAUAGAGAAAGCUGAGGCAGAGGAGACGGAUGCUUCACUCAGUGGGCAAUGUCCUCUAGAAGAAUUGGAGCUACUCCCACCCUCCUGCUUCAAAGGAAAUAAAAAUGCUGUUUGACACCAUAUUAGAAAAUGCGCUGAAAUGCAUGUUAGAAAAUAUGCAGCACAAAAGGUACGAAAGUGAUACAUCCCACCCCUUUUAAACUAUGACUGUCACUUUGCUAAAAUCAGCAGAACAAACAAACAAACAAGCUUGAAUUAAAGAAUUAUGUUCCACAAGUCAAGAGGUUACAUAGCUUAAGCGGCAAAGAAUAUUGAGCUGUGACCGAGGAAGUUCUUGGUUCAAAUCUUUAUAGAUAGUCCUGCUGAUUCCUCAGCCCUCCCUCCACCUGCUGUAUGAAAGGUUAACUUUUCCACACUUUUCUCUCACUUUCUGCUUUUUCAGAGGCAGGCAAAAGCUGCUCUUUUCCAGAGGGCAUAUACCUUGACUGAAUUUUAAGCCUUAUUGCUGUGUUUUUAGUCCACUGCAUUUUACUGGAUUGCUGUUGGAUUUACCUGGCCUGUGGUGUUUGGGACCGUUUGUUUCUUUUGAGCUCAAUUAACGCUUCAUAGUACUGUAGUACUCCUCAGGCGUUCCUCCCCUCACGUGAUUAAUGGCAGUGAAGGAACUGCAAAGCCCUGCUCACUCUGUCACAAAAUUGUUUACUGUGUGAGGGAGUAGGGGAUUAGUUUUCAUUGUUUUCUUACAUCAGUCUCCUGCCUUUCUUCUGUGAGGAAGGCAACAUACAUGUGCUUCCCAGACUUGAUUUGCUUCAGCAAAAUGGUGGCUUCAGGUACCUUCGAACCAUACAUUGGGUCUACUUCAACAACUGCUUUCAGCACUUUUUCUGCAGAGUGGUAUAUAAGUUUUAGUAGCAGCAGUAGUGAUAACGUAUUGUAGAGUAGUUGCAAUGCUAUCCAUGUGUUCCUCAAUCUAAAGGAGCAACAUUUGUACUAAAUGGCUGUGGGGCCACUAAUGUUUAGCUGUGCCCUUGAGUACCACACAGCUUCUCUCUGCCUCCAAAGUUGAGGGAUAACUUAUGAAGAGCCACUGGUAUGGGUUUUCUAUAUAUCCUGCUCUCGCAAUAUAUUACAUUGGGGGGGGGGACACAGGACAGAAAAGGUUCCCCACUUUAUCCCUGAAUAUCCUUGAUGUGAAAGGAGAUGAAGUGUACAUUGGGGGGGGGGGGAGAGCUAAACGCACAGCCCUGUAGCCCCUCUGUAUCAUUUGUGCCUCUUCGGCACAAAAGUAAAGUUCUUUGAACACUUGAAAUAUGCAAGAAAUUCUUAAGCAACUUUUUGUUAUGGUUUAGUAUUACUUGGUUCCUGCUAACGAGAGAAUUCAUUCCCAUUGAUGUGAUGUUCUGAGAUACUCAUUCAUUACUUACAGCAGUGGUGGGGAAAUUUUAUCCAUCUAAAUCAGCGUUUCUCAACCUUGACUCCGCAGGUGUUGGACUACAACUCCCAUCAUCCCCAACCACUGGUCCUGCUAGCUAAGGAUAAUGGGAAUUGUAGUCCCACAACAUCUGGUGACCCAAGGUUGAGAAAGACUGCUCUAGAUGCCGCUGAACUACAAGUCAUUCUACCCCAGGAAGCAUGGACAAUGGCCAAGGAUGAUGGGCGUUGUAGUUCAGCAACAUCUGGAGAGCCAAAGGCUCCCCACUCCUGCCUGACAGCCUAAUAUGUCUGUAUUACAUAAUAUGUCUAUACUUUUGCUAUGGCCAGGAGUCCUUGCCUAUAAAAACUGAAGCAUUUUCUCAAUUGGGCAUACUCUCUUUCAAAUUUCCAUAAGGUUGGGAAAUGAUUUUCCUUACCUGAUAAUUAAAUCACCGUGCAUGGUUUGCUAGGCCGCAUGUGUUUGGGAAUUUAUUCAAUUAAAAUGUGCACAACUGCUUACCUUAAUCAAGGAUCCACACUACAAAAGAAUCCCUUGUUAAUCAAAGUAAUUAAGCAAAUUGGUGUGUUUUUUUGCAUGAGCAAAAUGGAAACCCCUGGUAGUUGGAAGGGAAAAUAAACAUGACUACAUUUGUCUUGUGGUGUCUUUUUUAUUACAGAUUCUAAAAAGAACAUAUGUCUUGGGGUUUGCUCUCUUGAUUGAAUAUGAUCAUGCCUGGCGUAUCAUCAAGCCAGAAGGGUAAUAAAUAAAUGCAGCAGGUUGGGCUGCAGUUUUCUGCUGCUUCCUCUUUCCAGUCCACUGUGCCCCCUGAAAAGUUGCUCAGGAAGAUUGGGGGACCCUCCAGAACAGCGUGGGAAGCUGCAGGAGGAAGUGAAAAUUGGCCCUCUGCCCUCUACUGGAUCCAAGUUCUCUCUAAGCACAAGGAGCCCUUCUGUUCACAGAAGGGUAAGUCUGAGGGCCAACCUGUUACGUUUCGAGAAAAUUUAGUUACACAAAGCAGACGUUCAUAUUCAGUCACACAGCUAGUGCCUGGUGUAGAUUACCCACAAAGGGGGAGAAUCCAGCAAGUUUUACUCAGUGUAGACCCAUUUAAAUCAAUGGAUCUAAGCUUAUUAAUUUCAGUGGCAGUUUUAUGAGUAAAACUUUGUUGAAAACCACCCAUGCUUCCCCAUUUCCAAAUGAAGUUCUCAAGCAUUGACUAUGGGUGCUUUGAGCCAAUGCACACACCAGUUCAGCUAAGCUUAUGUGGAUUAGUCUCCUGUAAUUAAAAUUGUGUCAUUGGGGCUAUUGGAAUCAAACCAACAAACACCAAGUGCAUAAUGGAUAUGGAUUGUGCUGUUCUUCACACUGAAGUCAGUUUUCAGAGGGGUUGCCAUGCCAGGAAUUGGGCUCCAGUCCAUGAAAGCUUAUGCCAUAAUAAAACGUGUUAGCCUUAAGUUGACACACGACAUGUUUUUGAAAUCGGUAUCACUAAUCAUGGGCACUUUUCUCUUCCUGUGCUGCUGCUGCUGUUGCACUGCCAGAAAACAAGCCAUGGUCCAGCAUAGUGUUAACAGAGUUACAUAGUUUGUUUAUCUCCAAAUGGACCAAAAGUUUGGUUAUGGGAAACAAAUAUUUAGCAAAAAAUAAUAAGUUUAAAGGAUUUAGGUAACUGGAUGUUUGAUGCAAACAAACAUUUUUAGAGCUUUUGUUGCAAAUCAAUGACAAUAAAGCCAUAGCUAAAACAGUAACUAUCUAAGACAUUUAAUCAUCAUUUAUUUCACUUUCUUUUUCAUUAAUACUGCCUCCCCACUGCUCCCAAAUUAGCUUUGUAUGUGUAUGGGUUUUUUAUGGUAACGUUAUGGUGUCUUCCAUUUUACAGAAAGAGCUAAAGUGCAGAGGCGAUAGAGGAAAAGAUAGCCCUUUCAGAGAAUUAAAGGUGACAGAGAGAACCAUUCUUGCCUAACAGGCACCAUUCAUCACAUGGUUGCAUCUGGUCAUAAUACUUCCAUAGUGCAUCAAAAACCUGUAAAACCUAUUUGGUCAGAGAUUAUAAAAUGAAAGCAUGUGCUGCCAACAGUCAUCAGUAUCUUCUUACUUGCAUGCCACUUUUCCAUAGAAUUAUCAAAUGAACAAUAAACAUGACUAAUCAAAGCCACAUUAAGAACACUUAAAAAUAAUCAUGAUGUCAGUAAAUAGAGAAAAUGUAUCCAUGCAGCAAUAGAUAUAGACUAACCUAUUUCAACAGCUUAAAACUAAAAGAGAAUAAUGCCUAACACUGAAAUGAAAUAGCAGUGUACAAAAAUUAUGUCCGUAUUAUACAGACCUUUUUAACCCCUCUUUAAAACUUGUCUCUACCCAAGCAACACAACUUCAGUUGCAUAAGACAAUGUUCAUUGUAGAUAGUGCCUAACUGGAAUUACUCAAUUCUUGACUAUUCAUGGUUGUUAAUUAUUAGUUGGUCCAAAUCAUUCUCUCCCCCCCCCCCCAUUUUGCUUUUUUCUGGCUGCAGUAACUGCUUCCACCUGGAGCACAUGCUUACUAAUAUUUUUCUUUCUAUUUAAUUCUUCUUACUGCCACAAUACACAGAAUCCUGUACUGAAUAAAUGUGAAGGUGGUGUCAGGAGCCACUGGCUGUGGUUACUCUUGCACAGAGUUUUUAACUACUGUGGUGUCUUAGUACAGUGGUACCUCAGGUUACAUACGCUUCAGGUUUCAGACUCCGCUAACCCAGAAAUAAUACCUCGGGUUAAGAACUUUGCUUCAGGAUGAGAACAGAAAUUGUGCAGCGGCAGCAGGAGGCCCCAUUAGCUAAAGUGGUGCUUCAGGUUAAGAACAGUUUCAGGUUAAGAACAGACCUCCAGAACGAAUUAAGUUCUUAACCCGAGGAACCACUGUACAGUAUUCUAUUAUUGUGCCUUACAUUUCAUUGAAUCUAACCGAAGGUUUAAAAAGUGAAUGUGGCACAAAUAAGGCAUUUUAUCAGAAAAUGAGAAUGUUUUCACAAAGGACAAGAAUGAACUGAUAAGCCGUUACUCAGUAGUUGUUCUGUACUGUUAGUUGUAUUUGUUCAAAGCAGAAUGCAAAGAUGCAUAAAUAGAAUUAGGAAGUUUCUUUCCUAAUAUCCAGUUCAGUUACUAAAAGGAGGAUGAGCUGUCAAAUGAACUAAAAUUGAUUUGGCAUGUGCACUUCGUUAUGGUGAAAUUUUAAGUUUUGGAACCUCUUCAUGAUAAAUCUUUCCAGAUGUAUGUGUGUUGAAAUUCCAACACAUCUGAGAAGCAAGAUAUCAAGGAGAAGGGCCUCCCAUGAGAUUUCUUAUGUUGCUCAAGGAAUGCAGAGUUGUUUACCUGUCUCAUUUACAUCCUUGGAGAUUUCAUAUCUAAAUAAAUUCUCUUUUUAAAAAAGAUGUGUGUCAAAAUACAUGUUGCAAUCUGAAUUUGUAAUAUAACGCCAUUACACUGUGCUAGACAGGCAAGUGGCCCAACUUUCUAUAGAGAUGCUGCUGCUGCUGUUUCCCUGCCCCCCUCUGUGUGUUUGUGUGUGUGUGUGUACGCACACAAAAGGAAGUUUCUUUUGAGACCUUUCCCUGCAAUUUCCCUUACCCUGCUUGUAACAGGCUACAUGCGAUAUAGUGCUCCUAGACAUUCUCAGUAAUGCAAUGCACUCUGCCAUAAAGUUAUCCCAUAGCUUGUAUACUGGCAUGAAUAUAUUCAACACUCUUUGCCUUGCCUACAUUCUUUUCAAUCCUGUUAUACCACUGAACUCUUCAUACCUUUUCACUGAAUUGGUGUCUUCUGCAAUCAGUGUUGCGUAAUGUCAAAACAUUUCAUUUUAAACAAGCACCUUGUUAUUAUUCCGGCAUGUAUCGUGGAAAAAAUAAUAAUAAUAUAGCCUGUGAAAUGAAUUAUUGGUGUACAUCUAUCUUCACUGUCUCAUUUUUCCUUUUGUAAAUUUUUAGUGCCUGUUAAUAACUUCUAGUGAUAGCUGCGUAUAGGAGACUUGAUUUUAUUUGUCAUUUAACAUACAGGCCUGAUACCCAGAUGCCUUGUUUUUCCUUCUCUCUUUCUGCUACCUCCCUCACUGUCAUAGGCAUUUAGGAAGCUGCCUUAUACAGAAUUCAACUGACAGUCCAUCUAAUUCAGUAUUGUCUACACAGUGGCUGGCAGUAUCUCACCAGGAUUUUAGGCAGUGUAUUGAGCAGAUUAAUAUUAAGCAGGCAGCAAGUAGGGCUGAAGGCUUUCUUUUGUACUAACCCACAAUACCUAACUUGGUGCAUACAUGUAGCUGUUUUCUUGCCUUCUCUUUGCAAACUAUGCCUGUGAUGCAUGCAUUGCCAUAAAAAGUGAUUAUUAUCAAGUUCUGUGGUGCCUUGGGCAGAUUAGUUAACAUAUCAGCCUCACUGUCUCUGAAGUGCUUGUCAGUGUGGGAACAUCUUGAAUGACUCCCCACCCCUCAGCUGGUGACGUUUUCCUGGCAACUUCCCUUUGACAAAAGAUAGAUAUGUGUCCAUAAGAUUUUUCUGACAACAAAAGUACAGUAUCUUGGGCUCUUGGCAGCUUUCUAACAAAUCUAUAGUAUGCAAGUUAGCAAAAACCCUCAGCUACAAAUGCUAACUAGCGUUUCUACAGCAUAGCAUUCAGUCUCACCUUUAAAAUAUUUCCUACUUCUUGAACCAUUAAUGUAAUGCUAAAGCAAACAAUGGCUUAGCACAAAUGCACAUGAUUUUAGUGUUAACCAUGACCCACAGGGUUUUGAUUUCCAGAAACCUUUUUCUCUUAAUUUAGAUUUUAGCCGUAUCGUUAAUACUCCCCCCCCACUCCCCCGGUCAUUAAAAAAGAAGCAAAUUUAAAACCAUUUCCUUAAGGAAAGGUUUCCGCAUCAGCAGUUUUUUAUGAUUAUCCAUCUUCAUGUAAACAGCCUAAAGGAAAGGUAUAAUAACUGUGUGUUGCAGAACAGGGGACAAAAAACUUAAUAGCUUGAAAAUCUAACAUUUCAAGCAACUUCAUGCUAAAACUACAGUGAAUAGUAGGGUAUGGUUCAGUUUUUGGUUUUCUCCCUUUUUGAAAGGAAGCUCUUAAAUUAUUACUCAUACAUUGGGUCUCAAGUGUUAUUUGACUUUAUUCUGCAGUUGCAGGCUAUGUUUUUUGUGCUCAAUCUGGUUGAGGUGUCUCCUUAUGGUCAAGGUUCUGAUAGCACUCUUUAGUAGUAUAUUUGGGGUUUUUAUUGAUAUAUUUUGUUUUAAUUGUUGUGCAAAAUGUAUACCAUGCAGCUCUAAAGCAUUUGAUUUAAAAAAACAAAACCAGAAUUUUAAAUGUUGAGUUUCAGCUUCAUAUUGCCCAUCUCUUGCUUCUGCGUUAAUAUAACUAAGCUUCACCUAUCCUAUUUGUGUCAUUAAAAAAACAAGUUUCACCCUGAUAAGUGCUUUUUUUCAGGGGGUACUUAUGGGUACAAAGUACUGGCACCUCUUUUUAUUGUUGUUAAAAAGUGUGGCACUUACUGUAACAACUUCAUGGUGAGUACUGGCACCUAUUUUUCUAGAAAAAAAGCGCUGACCCGAAGUAACACUUCUUGAGCAUACACACCAUGUCCAGUAAAAGAAAAAGCACAAAGCUCCACAUUUUUCUUCAUUAACUCGAGCAUUAGAAAGAGGGACCAGGGGUCAGGACAAUUUUUCAGCAGGUGUUUGGUCCACUGUCCCUCAUAUCUUGUCGAGGGCUGGACUUUUUUUGGGGGGGCGGUGUGUGAAUGAAUUCCUAUGUACCACAAAUAACCCAGAGAUGCAUUUUAAAUAAAAGCACACAUUCUACUCAUGUAAAAACACCAGGCAGGCCCCAGGAAUGCAUUUUAAAUAAAGCACACAUUCUACUCAUGUAAAAACAUGCUGAUUCCCGGACUGUCCACAGGCCAGAUUUAGAAGGCGAUUGGGCCGGAUCUGGCCUCCGGGCCUUAGUUUGCCUACCCAUGGACUAGCUGAUACCUAAGUUUGAGACUAUUGCGGAAUUGGAUUCUGUGAUGCAGGGCAAAUGUAGAGUAUACCUGGGCGAUAUAUCAGUAUAUCGCCCAGGACCAGAAUGAGGAGCAGACCGCAAUGUCUAUUUCACUCAGCAGUAUAUCAUUGGUGAAACUGCCACCGCUUCUGAGUCCCUCUGCUAGCAGUGUUCUUCUUCACACAAAUAACAUGUAAUAGAGGGGGCUACACUCCUAGUAUAUUUUCAUAUGUUAUUGAGUAGAAGACGACUUUCUAGUUGCUCUCUCUAAUUAUGAGCUUCUUUUCCUAAAAGGUAAAACAAGGUCAUUGUCUUGGAACUGUGGUAAAUUAGUAGCGGAAAAGAUUGAACAGCACAUAAUGCCAAACAUUUUGACAAGCAAUUAAAUAAUAUUACUUUGUACAACUGGAGCAGCAGGGGAGGAAUAGUAAGGAAGCAAAUUUGUGCUGUUGAUGGAGACAUCAGGCACUAAGAAUUAAAGUAGCAUGUCUGUAACCUUUCAAGUAGGGAAGAACUAUUCUUGAGGAAAUGACCAAAAGACUUUAUGGUGCAUAUUGUAUGACACUACAAUUGCCAACAUUACUGGUGUUCAACCUUUGGCACAGGACUUUGUGGCACACCUGGAUCCAAAUAGUUCUGUCCUCUAACUCACUAGGGCACCAUAUUAAGGCAUGAAGGUCUGCAUGUGUACAACUUUAGAAUAAUGCUGUCUCAUAUUUGGACUUGAUUUGUAGUACACUUGAUUUGUAGUACACCACAAUAAUUUGUAGUGCAAAACAUGUGCAAUUAUUAAUUAUAGCAAGUGUGGCUAAUCUGUGGUUGUCCAGAUGUUUUUGGACUAUAGCUCCCAUUUACCCUGAUCUUUGGCUAUACUUACUGGGUUUGGUGAAACUUGGAGACAUACAGUUACAAUCGUGACUAGAGAUUGUAAAAGCUGGAAUUUAAAUUAGGAGCUGCCACUGUUGCUGUGGGUAAAACCUCAGUGCCUAGGGCUUGCCGAUCGCAUGGUCGGCAGUUCGAAUCCCCGUGGCGGGGUGAGCUCCCGUCUUUCAGUCCAGGCUCCUGCCCACCUAGCAGUUCAAAAGCACCCUUAAGUGCAAGUAGAUAAAUAGGUACCGCUUUAUAGCGGGAAGGUAAACGGCGUUUCCGUGUGCUGCGCUGGUGCUGGCUCGCCAGAGCAGCUUCGUCACACUGGCCACGUGACCCGUAAGUGUCUCCGGACAGCGCUGGCCCCUGACCUCUUAAGUGAGAUGGGCGCACAACCCUAGAGUCGGACACGACUGGCCCGUAUGGGCAGGGGUACCUUUACCUUUUCCUUACUGUUGUAUAGUAGCUAAGAGCUAACCUUGUUGGAGAAUUGUAUCUCUGUGCCACAAGUAACUAACUACCAUUUUAUAAUUUUCUGCGAUAAAUACCUACUCUGACAUUUUGUGUGCUUCAGGAAGAGAACAUUGGUUUGCCAAGAAAGAAGAAUCCCUCCAGGCUCCAGCUGUUUCAUCUGUUUUUUGCUCUUUUAAAUUUAAUGACACUUUUGAAUCUGGUUUAAUUGCUGCUUUGGAAGCAAAACUCCCUUAUACCUCCCAGCUCCCCUAGUGUUUCUAACCUCAGGCUAGCCUUAUAUCUCAAACCUGAACAUGCUUAUCUCAGGAUUGAACAACAACAACAAAAACUCUAAAAUUGAGCUGAAUAUAUUGCCCAGGAGUUGUUGCAUUUAAAUAUAAUUAUGAUAUGGCAUCACCUCAUGUUGUCUAAUGAGUGUAAGCACAGCUGAGGAUUCUUUGUGUAAAAUAAAAACAAUCCCAGAAUCUGAAAACACAGAGAUGCGGAAACCUAUUUCAGUAGCUUGGAUUGAAGUAAAAUAGGAAGAUGAAGAAGAGAGCUGUGGCAUGGAUGAAGGGAAGGAGACAGAAUGCUCACUUCCUGACUAUAUGAAGGUUACUUUCUGAUUUAUGAUCUUCACUUUGUUAUACAUGCAGUUUCGUUCUUUUUCCAAACGGAUGGUGGCAAAGUACAGGGGGGAAAGGAGAGGGUUGAGCUUUGCAAGCAAGAAGUCUCAGAUUAAAUCAUUGAUGUCUCCAAGUAGGGCUGGGAAAGACCUCCACAAAACCCCCAGAGAACUGCUGCCAAUCAUUAUUGACAAAAUUGAGCUGGAUGGACCAAUGAUCCGUAUUGGUACAAGACAACUACCUGUGUUCUGUGGGUUAUUUUACUCUCUCCAUCCACCCUGAAAGAGAGUGAUUAGGCCAAGUCACAGGAGUGAGCUUUAUUAUUGAAGGGUGUGUGGGAGGACAUGUGAACAAUUGUUUCCCUCGUCCAGCUCAAGAGACACUGUCUGCUACACCAGGGGCGGGCAUAUCCCAGGCUUGUGAAAGAGACUCCUGCCCCAUGAUCCUGAGGGAACCAGAGCCUCAUGGAAAAACCAUUCAGUUAGAAGGAAGAAUUAUGAAUUCAUGGGUUUGUUUUGAGUACUAACUGAGCUCACAGUCCUUCCACACAAAAGCCCGUUCCUGGGCACGUGUGUUUGUCAUCUUGUUGCUGAUUGCCCAGAGAUCUACUGGUAGAUCCAAAUAUAAUAAAUUAAUUUCCAGCUCUUAGGUCUUCCCACACCUGUGCUAUAGUACAGACCACCAUUGCUCAACCUUUUCCACAGCUGUGAGAGAACAUGUUUUGUCUUCUUUUUUAAAAAAAAUAAAAAAUAAAAGCUGACAUUUCUCAGAAUGGCAAAUUCUGUAGACUUUGGAUAAGAAAGAAGGAGAAAGUACUACUUUACUCAGUAGAUAAUUAAUUUAUGGAAGUCACUAAUCUGGAUGAUGAUAGCUUUAAAAGGCUUUAAAGGGGGAGGGGAAUCAUGGAGGGAUGGGUAUCUAAUUGGCUAUUGAUCAUGAUGGUUAUGUGAAAUCUCCAUAUAAAGAAGGCACAUACCACAAAAUACCAGUUUACCACAAAACAUGUUUCAAGCCCUCCUCCUUGGCUUCCCUGAAGCAUCUGAUUGGCUUCUGUGGGAAGUAGGUUUCUGGGUUAGGUAGUUUGAUCCAGCAGGGCUCUUAAGUUGUUUUAAUCUGUGUGCAGUGACAUCUUCCAAUUCAUUACUCCUGCUCUUGUAAUGAGAAGUCCUGAUUAUAAUUUGAAGAACGUGACUAAAGUGUUUGGCCAAUGCUGACAUGUCUUGCCUUGGUGGCUGCAUUGCAUUACUUGAACAUUCUCUCUUGUGCCUGGCAUGUGUUUCCAUAGGCAGAUGAUCAUAAAAGCACUGUAAUUUUCUGAGAGUAUUAUGAAUCGAAUCUAUAUCUAUAUUCCUUUUAGGGAACGUGGUUAUGUUUAAAUUCACAAACACAGCACAACAGGGGUGAGGAACUUGUGGUCCUCCAAAUGUUAUUGGAUUCCAAGUACUAUCCAUCCCAGCCCAGUACGGCCAGUGGUCAGAGACUUCUUAAGGACCAUUGGUUCCCCACUAUGGUACUAGAGAGAAUGUUGGUUUUGCCCUUUACAUUUGAAAACACCCAAAUGCCAUGUGUUUAGUUGAUGGAAACAAGCCAGUGUUCAAAACUUUCAUUGUUUUUGGCGCAUUUUGCGACAGGGAAUUUCAUUAGCUUGAGCAGUUUCUGGGCGCAGUAGUGCACCUAAGAUUUCUGAUUAAAGCUGCAGAGUGGAAGGAAAGGAUGACCUUUUUCUGCCUCCCCACUUCCAGCUACUCUCUGAAGACUGGAAAAGAGACCCUCUUAAGAAUAUUAUGGGCGUGGGCAGGGGAAGGACUAGACCAUGUGAAAAAUGGACAUAAUAUUUUAGCUGCAGUUCAUUCAUUUUCAGCUUUGUAUUCUUGUUAUAAAAAAGGUGCGCCUAGACAUUCCAUUGUUGCGCCCACAACCUAGGUGUAUGGUGCCAUUUAGCGCCUAGCUUCAGUUUCUCAGUUUCUAACACCGAAACAAGCAAAGAGCUCUGGCACAGACACCAAAAUAGAGCAACAGCUGCAGAGAAUGCUGCAUGGAAACAUGUCUUGGAGAUUAUAGAUUUGUUCUAAUGUCGUUUAUCUGGAAGGCUGUGAAUGUGGGAAUUAAAAUGUGACACAUAGAUACCGGAAAAGCUACAUGCGGAGUGUCAGGGCAGAGAAAGAUUAACAGGGAUGUUUGUUUUCAGAUGUACCGUACAGAAGGGAUGUGGAAAGAAGAAUGCUAAGGUGUUUUGGCAGGUGCUCUCUAUAUAUGUUUUCACAUCUCUGACUGGAAUUUUCUCUAUUCGCCAACCUACUCCAUGGAACUGCAUUGCAUUCUUUCUUCUUUACCUCUCCACUCCUAAAUAAAUAUCAGCCACUGCUCUCUGUGUGGGUUAGCUGGCGUUUGUGGAUGCUAAAUUCAGUCAUUUUGCACUAUGUGCUAGAGUUUGGGUAGGUUUUAUCAUUCGCUGUGGGACUGAGGAUGUGUUGGAUUUUAAAUCCAUUGCUUCUUUUGCGUGGCUGAAAUAUUUUGCCUGAGUUGAACUUUAGGAAUGUGUGGAAUUUUGGGGUGGGACUCGGAAGUUACUGGUUAAAAGGUGGCUUCAUUAUUUAUUUCUUCCUUAUGCAAGCACUUGGCUGUCAUUUUCACCCUCAUUAGCACAGCGUAAAACAGCAUUUUCUCCUCAUGAAGCAUGAUGAGUAAAAAUAUUUGCCACAUCUUCCGUUUGACAUUUUUCAUGAUGUCUAGUCCUACCUCUACAACAGAAUGGCAUCCUAAUCUUAAACCACACCUAACAAGAUGCUAGGUAAUAAUAAAGUAGGGAGCCUGAAAGAGAUAGAGUCCUCCUCCCUAUGAUAUUUCAAUUCCUUGCCCUGACUUUUCAUCUCUUAUUUGAAAAUAUUACACUAGUGAAGCGCUCCCUCCCCAUUUUUAAAAAGAUAUUUAUUUAUUUUUGCCUACUCCAAUCAGCUACAGCAAGAAAAUCUUCAGCAGUGCUCACAAACAUUUCUCUUCUACCUCAUGUCCGUGCACAAUUAUGGUUUUUCCCCCAUUAUUAAAACCUCAGAAAACCAGGGUGGGCGAAGAGACAGCCCCCCCCAACCCUUCACAAUUUUACUGGCUGUUCAAAAUCUGUAAAAGAAAGAUACUGAGUUUAUAAGUUUGACAGUUUCUAAUAAAUAUCACCACACAGAAAAUUAAUAUAGAUUUAGGAACUGAUAUUCAAACCUUAAACUUCAGUUGGCCCGGGGGGUGGGGAAUGGAAUUGGGGCAGUUAAGCAAUUAAUUAUGUGGCUGAUAUUAUUAGCACAACUUGUUUUCUUAGAUGUAGGCCCUUUCAAAGCACACAUAAAUGAAAUAUAGGAUUCUUGCUGGAGGUGAACCCAGUCUGUGGCAUUGCUCACUCUGUAGUCUUUUGAUUGUGCAGCCUGAGUCCAGCCUCCCAAUUUUACACUGCAAAUAGGGCUACCCCGAUUUUCCAAUCAUAUAUCUGCCAGGGAGGGAACAAUUCAGAAUAUUUGGAAAGUUAUGUCUCUCCUCCACUGGAGCAGAAGAACCCCACUCAUCUGCUUUUCAACAACUGUCUAGCAAAAAUAUAUUCCUAAUCUCUGCGGGUAAAUCUGAAUGGUCAAUUGCAUUUGUCUCUUCCUCAUCCAUUCACAUGAUUUAUCAUCCCUUGAUACUGUCAGCAACAAUAUAACAGAAGGGCUUCUUUGAGGUUGGUAGAUUAUCUGAAUUCAGCAGAUAUAGUCAAUACUGGCAUCAAACAGCAAAUAUAAUUUUGAGAUUUCAAAAUGUCGCCCCAUUUUGUUGCAGGGAGUUUCACCUAUACAUAAGGCAUGCUAGUUCUCAUAUUUUUGUUUUAAAGAUUUCUGUUGCAUAUUGGCUCAAUUUUUUGCAUCAUGUUUAAACCACGGGUUAGCAAAACAUGCACAAACAGCAAGGACUGGCAGUGAGCCCUGGACUUGUGUGCUCUUCCCCUCUCUGGGUGGAGAACUUCAACAACUUCUCAUUUUGCUUUCUCAGAAACGUCGUCUUCUCUUGGCCAGGGAUCAUGUUAUGACGUGAUUUGAAGUUGGCUUGUUUUGAAACUGACUGCAGUUGGUUAAAACAAGUAAACCUCUUUUCUCAGCACAACAAACAAAGAGGAAUUAUGUUGCUUUUAAGCACUGGUGCCCAAUGGAGUGGGGUUCACAAUUGUGAGAUUAUUUCAAGUAUUGUAACUAUCAUUUAGAAAAUUGAAGUUUUAAAAUUACCAACACUUAGAGAGAGAAAGAGAGAAGUCUCUGGGUGGUACAGUGGUACCUUGGGUUACAGACACUUCAGGCUCCAGACUCUGCUAACCCAGAAAUAGUACCUUGGGUUAAGAACUUUGCUUCAGGAUGAGAACAGAACAAAUUAAGUUCUUAACCCGAGGUACCACUGUAUUCACCUGAGUUGGGCUCAGAACAGACUUAUUUAAAUUAAGGUUUCUAACUUUGUCAUGUUCAUUAAUCUACUCUUGAGUAAAACUUAGCUGAAUAUCCUCCUUUGUCAUCCCUGCAUGACAGAUUUGUCAUAUGGUUUCUGAAAUUUGCUAACAGGCACAGACAUCGAUUAACAAAUUUGGACUAGUUUGUUAAACUAACAGGUGGUUUCAGUUGCCACUGAUCCUUCUCUGAGUUUCUGUGGCAAAAACAAAGUGUGCAAGGGGAAAGCAAAGAGUCAUAUUUAUGCUGCACAUCAUAGUAUGCAAGUAAUGUGAUCAGAUGACAAAAGCAGGUUGGGUUAUUCAUAAGUACCACAGGGAGGUGUCUUCAGAGGCAAAGCAACAUUAAUGUACAGAUAUGAUACCUAUUCCAUGAACUUAUUGUAAUACAUUUAAAGGGCCAAGCUAGUAAUGUCCAAAAAACACCAAUUAAGGAUGCUAAUUUGAACUGAUGAGAAGGGAGUUAAUCCUUCCACCCUGUGCAAUUCAGUUUCCUAGGCUGUCAUCUGACCAAAUUGCUUUGGGGACUUGCCAUAUGGAUAAAGUUCAGUUUCUUCCCAUCCCCACCCCCAAUAAGAUGGCCUCAUCAUAAUUUUUGUUUGUUUGUUGCUUCUGCAAAUGCUGCUGGUACCUGCCUUGUCUGGUGCUGUUUGCACAUCAAGAUCAAAGGCUCAGAGAAAGGAUUCCUUAUUACAGUGGUACCUCGGUUUAAGAACAGCCCUGUUUACGAACUCCCAAAACCGGAAGUAGUGUCCUGGUUUGUGAACUUUACCUCAGUCUAAGAACGGAAGCUGAGCGGUGGAAAGACACCAGCGGUGGGAGGCCUCAUUAGGGAAAGCGUGCCUCAGUGUAAGAACGGUUUCAGUUUAAGAGCAGACUUCUGGAACGGAUUAUGUUCAUAAACCGAGGUACCACUCAUGGUAUUUUUCUGAAACCGAUGCAGAACUGCAGAAAGUGCCCCCUCUAGUGAUCAAUGAAUAUCACAUUAGCAAGCAGUGCCUUUUACAUAAACUCUGGAAAAGAAGGUUUCGUGAUUUUUUUUUUUAUCUAACAGGUAUUUGGGGAUAUUCUGUUUGAACUUGCUGAUCAAUGAAAUCAUUAAUCAGGUGGCCUUACUUCACCACAUGACUCCAUCCUUAUGAUUGCAUUGUCUAGAAACUGAAUCUGACACUGACAACAGGGAGUUGCUGUAACUAUUUCUUACUGACAUUCCAAGACACAAGGUAGCGUAGUCACAGUAAUGAAUUCCACCAGGCCACCAGGCCUUUGGUCAGGGCCCAGCCUGACUCCCUCCUCUGGCAACCUGCACAGAACUUUGCUUAACGGUUGCCAUUAAUUUGAUUUUAAUUAAUUUUUAUAAUGAAAUGUUUUAGAAUGUUGGAUUAUUUGAUUGUUUGAUUAUUUGUUUGUUGUUAGCCGCCCUGAGCCUGGCUUUGGCUGGGGAGGGCGGGAUAUAAAUAAAAUUUAUUAUUAUUAUUAUUAUUAUUAUUAUUAUUAUUAUUAUUACAAUGCAACUUAGAAGUUACACAGUCUAGUUUAAAUCUUUCUGUGUAUGCCUUGCAUGAACUGAUGUAAAAGAUUUAUUUUAUCUUUAAGCAACCAAGUAGUGGGCUGAUUUCUUUGUACACAUGGAAAAUGGAAUACAGACAUAACUGCAGUCUUGAUGUUUCACCCCCAGUGGGGAAGUUUCCCUCAUUUCACAGUUCAACCGAAAAGUCUUUUGGCAGCUAAAAUGUAAACAAUUGUGUAAUAAUUAUUUCCUUCUUACAACAGCUCUGAGACAUCAAACACUUAAUUCUAUGCAUCAGUUCACAUUUUGAUGCCUUCAGCAGUUUAUAAAUAUAUAGAUGGCUUUUCCAGAGAAGCAAUCAAGCUUUUUGUCAAAAGAUUUCUGAUUACCAAAAGAAUUUUACAGUUCGACUUUGCUGGCUGUUUAAUUUUCAACCAUCUUUGUAUUUGAACUUCUCGGCAUUGGCUUGAAUCCAAAGAACACAUGGGCUAGUUUGCCACUCACAAGGAAGCCUUUUGACUUGUGUGCCUCAGAGAGCAGGCCCCAAGCUACUCCGCAAACUGAAAAAUAGUUUGUGAUAUGUAACAGGGAGGCUGCUAAUAAAAGUCAAAAAUCCAAGUUGUUGGAUGGCAUCAAAAGUGGCUCUUUACCUUUUGUCAAGGUAAAAUUUAGUAUUAAUUUUAUUAAAAUUAUAUAAAUUUAUUGAAAGUAUAUUUAGGUAUCAGCCACAAUUUCUGCUUCAUUUUAAAAAUGAGAAUGUCAAAUUUGGUAUAUGAUACAUUGCUAAAGCUUUAGAACUAUAUUAAGAAACUUAUAGAUAAAAAUAAGAAUAUGAAGCACUUCCAGGUGUGUUUGUUUAUUUUAAUUGGCUUCACUGUGGGAAUAAAGUCUGUGUUGUGCUUUUCCGAUUGUUCUGUCAGCGCAAGCUUUUUGAUUUGCCAGGUCAAAUGAUCUCUCCUCUUACUCCUCCCCACCCCCCAAUCUUGCUAUUCUGGAAGGCUUCUCCUGAACCUCUCCCUGAGCCAAUUUGUGGGAGGUGCAGGGCAGAGAAGAGGGAGGGAAAUCUCUGUUGCACAAGCAGAAGUCCUUGCACAGGGCUUUUGCUGAUGGGUAUUAUUAGUUGAAUCCCAUCUGUGUAGUUUCGGCCCAUCUCACGACAGAUUCAUAAGUUGAGCGAGGCUUGCUACGCACCUGAGAUACAUUGGGGCAGCAACUAAGCAUCAGAGAAGAUAAUCCAAGUCAUUCCUAAAGAACACUUUCUUUCAUCCUGAUUUUAGGGUAUGGUUUCUGAACAUGACAAUUUAUUGAACUUCUGAAGAACGGUGAAAAGCUCCUCUGUGCCUUUGGGAAAGAGUCUUUUCUCAUUUCUUGCCCAAAUCAGGCACUGUUAAAUCAGCCUAAAAUAUAUUGCUUCUGCUCAAUAUGAAGAUCCAAUUACUUGUGUGUUAGUAAAACCUAACCUUGUGUUUAAACCGCUGAUGAUGUCUAGCUGUUACAAGUGUUCUGGGAAGAAGCUUUCAGAAUUGUACACUUCAAGCAGUUUAUAUUCUCUCCUAAUACAUGCAAACAUGCAGGACCCUGAUUUCUUGCAGGCAUGUCCUACCCACUGAAUAAUGAAUAUGAUCACCCCUACUGAUUGAUUUCAAUCUUGAGCAUGUUUUCAUUUUUCUUUAUUAAUUCAUUUAGAAGAUAAUCACAAAUAUGGAGUUACGCUUGGCUGUUCACUGCUGGCUAUCUACUUCCAGAAAUAGAUAUCCAGCAAUAUAGUUUUGUAUAAAUUAUUCUUGAUAAAUAGAAAGCAAUACAACUGACGAAGAUAGCUAUCUGUUAAAUGGAACAAAGUAAUCUGAUAACCAUAUCAGAAGGACAAAAUGUCUAGUGAGAUUGCAAUCUUCAGUUCCUACUCAGCUGCACCAGCAAAUACAUUUUUUUUAAUAACCCGAUACCAAUCUGAAGCCUGCUUCUAAUAUGCAUAAACUUUUUUGUUCUACCAAAUAAUUAGUAUAGACCUAAUCCCUCUUAUCUGAUUGAUGUUGGAGCAGUAAAAUGGUGAUUACUCAGUGCCUUAUUACUGACCUGCAUUUAAAUUGCUUUGAUAAGCAUACUUUGAUCAAAGAAUAAAGACUUGGGAUUUUGAGUGUAUUUAAAAACUAGCAUACUUUAAGGUAUGACUAUUAUUUUAGUAUGCUACUGGUACUCAUAUAGAGUUGUUCUAAAAAUAAUAAUUAAAAUUGAUUUGCAUGUCAAGAUGUUCAUGUGCUGCUUUGAAACAUAACAUAUGAAAACAAAAAGCACAGUAAGUCAAUUGCCGUAUUUUAGUUGCUAUUAUAUGCACGGGGAAAAUAUUUGUAUAUUGAGAAAACGAGUCCGUAACAGGAUUACAGUGACAGUCCGGCAACAUUAAAUAAUCAAGCUGUUUCAUAUCAGUACUAAAAGCAUAGCGAUUCAAACAGUCCAGCAAUUUAACGGCAUUUAGUAGGAUAGAUAAUAAAGGAUUUAAUCAAGUACUAAUCCAGCCUACAGACAAAUUAAAUUGGUGCAUAAUAUUUUAGAUUCAGUGAGGAAAGUGUAUGUAAAUCAAAUUACACCCAAGUGCUCUUCUGGAGCAUAAUAUGUCAAUAGACCAGGUCACUAUCAUAUUGUUUUGUUUUAUGUUUAUUAAGCAAAUGGCUUGUAAAGGGUUCUUCAAAAUAUACAUGAUUUUCCUGGAGAAAACAGAUCAUGAUUAUUGAGUCAUAAUGAAGUAGACUCAGUUUUCUGCACUGCCUUUCCUCAUUUAUUUAUACAAGGCAGCUUAAAAAAACAACAGCUUCAUGCAGAAAAGGUCAAGCAAUGGGCAGUAUCCAUCAAAGUAGUUCCAUUAGCAAAAAGAUUUCUAGCUGUGCAACAGAACAAUCCCCUCUUUCCUCUCCCUGCAUGCCCCCUAAAUGCAUUCUGGGGUUCCCGCCAACCCUCUGGAGCAGAUUUAGAGAAGGCCUGGGAGACCCAUGGGGAGAGGAGAGAGAAUGCAAACUCCUUUACACAAAUGGAAAUCCUUGCAAUAACAGAAUUACUCAUUGGAAACCAACCAAUAAAAGCCAGCCACAAAUGUUUUAUUUUUUUCUUUUAAAAAAACUGCACCGUAAAUCAGAAUUAAAAAUCAGACUACAUAGCCAGGGAGACAUGCAACAAAUCCAGCCUCUAAAGGAGGGAUGUGGGAACCUCAGGCCCGUGUAUAUCUCAAGGUCAAAGAUGAACUGCAUUAGCCAACAAUUGCAAAAUAAAACAUCACAUGGGACAAGACCAUUCAAAAUUAUUUUGAAGAAACUGCAGCAGUAUAUUCAUUAUAUUGUCAUUAAAAAUGUGAUCCUUUAAUCUUAUCUGUAAGUGCUGUAUAUACUACUUGUCUUAAGACAUUAAAAGGUUUAUACUCCUUUUUGACAAUGCCAUUUUAAAUCUUCCCUGUGAGAAAUGAAACAACAAAAAAUAAAAAUAAAAAUGCAUGCACCACAUACACACCUUUUCCAUGAAUAUACAUUUCAGUAUAAGUGUUGAAAGCAAGAUUUACUUAUUUGAAAAGCUGUUUGUUGCUGAAGAAACAAAAGGAAGCAUUCUAAAUAUCCUGUUGCAUGUGCAAAAAUACUCGUGAACAGUCUCAAACCUCUUUGGAUCCAGUCAUGGUAAAUGCAUCAGGUUCUUGGGGCCUUCUCUGAUGCAUCAGAGCAGUAUGAGCAAACUGGAUUUUGUACUUGCAAUGCACCCACAAACUCAAGUUUAGUGCAGGUAGUGUGGUACCUUGGCUGUGGGUGAUGGGGGUUAUAGUCCAAAACAUCAGGAGGGCACCAGGUUGAAGAAGUCUGUGCUGGAAGUAGGAUUAGGCUUUUUGUAGGAAAAUAACCACACUGUUUGCUGUUCAGCGGCCAGGACUCUGGUUACAGUGGUGCCUCGCAAGACGAAAAGAAUCCGUUCUGGGAGUCUCUUCGUCUAGCGGUUUUUUCGUCUUGCGAAGCAAGCCCAUUGAUGGGAUUAGCGGAUUAGCGCUAUUAGCGCUAUUAGCGGCUGUAUGCGGCGUUUAGCAGCUUAUCAGCUGAUCGGAUCAGCAGAUAUGCGGCUGAGCGACUUAGAAAAAGAGGAAGGAAAAAAAAACCCAGGAACUCGCAAGACAUUUUCGUCUUGCGAAGCAAGCCCAUAGCAGAUUCGUUUUGCGAGGCACCUCCAAAACGGAAAACUCUUUCGUCUAGCGAGUUUUCCGUCUUGCGAGGCAUUCGUCUUGCGGGGCACCACUGUACUUUAUUUUGCAGUUGCCUAAAAUAGGUUGAGGUCAUUCUUGCAACAGGGGUGUGAGGAACAGGAAUCUAGGUUUAAAUAUGUUGAGGCACGCUUGUCAUGAUUUAUUGGAAACUGUCAGGUCUGUAAACAAGCCUGUUUGCAGUUAUAGAAACCCUUCUGUAUGCUUAAACAUGGAUUUCUUUGUGUUAUGUGUACAGUGACGAACAAGAAACCUGCACAGGCGUCUAUUACAAAAGUCAAACAGUUUGGAGGUUCCACAUCUUUUGUCCGAAGGUCGCAGUGGACGCUUGAACAACUUCGCCAGGUUAACGGAAUAGACCCUCAUAAGGUGAGUAGUGACUCGUUCCCACUUAGUGAUAUUCUGCUUGUGUGAUGCUUCAUAUCUUUUAUUCUUCCUGUUUUUCAAAAGAAAAACUCACCCAUUUGAUUUUUUUUUAAAAAAAGAAAACCAUGUCUUGUCUUGGAUUCUUUUUAAGUGCAGCCCUUUAGGACCUUAGGUAUAGAUUCCAAAUGCUUCGAUUUCCUUCGUAAACCUCUCUAGAUUUCACCACUUUUCUAUCUGUUCACCUUUGCUAUUUUAGGAAAAAGAAGUGUUUGGAAUCCCAGUGUGUGUGAAUGAACUUAUCCUUACCUUGUAGGCUUUCAUGUUCUCUGCUGCUGCUAACUUCCUCUUGUAAUAAUCUGAACCAUUAUUUUGCCCCCGUGUUGCAUUGGGAAUUUAAUUAAUAUAUCCAGGCAAGAAAACUUGUCCUCUUAACUAAACAUAUAUCUUUAUGGUAAAUAAUGCUAGAAGCAGUCCAAAAUAAUUAAAAACUGUAGAUUUCAGCAAGGUGUACCAUUUUUAACCCUCAUUCAUCCUGCUGUCUCUUUUCUUUGUACAGUGGUACCUUGGUUUUACAACCAUAAUCAGUUCCGGAGGUCCGUUUGUAAACCAAAAAAGGUUGUAACCCAAGGCGCACUUUCACCAAUGGGGCCUCCAAAAAAAAAUUGUUUGUAAUCCAAAAAGAGGUUGCAAACCAGGACACGCACUUCCAGGUUUGACGUGUUUGUAAUCCAAAACGUAUGCAAACCAAGACGUAUGCAAACCAAGGUACCACUGUACAUGGGAGACAAAAUGAUGUCUGACCCCAUGCGUACUAGAGAGUGAUGAUCCUGCUGAUAGCAUGCUAGAGGCACAGAUAGAACCAUCUGCUUCAAAACAGCACUGGCCCAAUGUGGCACCUGAUGAUGGAUCACGCUACUGUAGCUUGACAAAUGGCCAUCUCAGAACCAGAUUGAUUCAGUGGCCUAGAUUGCAUGCAGCAUUCAACCACAGUUCAAAACAGGGAUAGUCAAUGUUGUACCCUCCAGGUGUUGUCAGAUUUCAGUCCCCAUCAUCCCUUGCCAUUGGCCAUGCUCCUGGGGCUGAUAGGAAUUGUACUCCAAUAACAUCUAGAAGGCACCACAUUGGGUACCUCUGAUUUAGAAUUAAUUGUUUUUCUUUCCUCCACGGCUGACCGUGCCAUGUGAGGGAAGGAGGAAAGAAACAACAAUUUUAUUUGCCUUGAUGUGUGAUCCUGGAAUCCUGGUUUGCUUCUGGCUAAAGUUUGUUCUUGGCUUUAGCAUUCAUGACUUGUUUGGAGAAAACAAACGACAAGUCAGGUUUACACUCUUAAGUCAGACUGGCUCAUUUCAUCCCCUGUACAGUAGUACCUUGGGUUAGAGACACUUCAGGUUACGUGUUUUCGGGUUGCGCACCGCGCCAAACCCAGAAGUACCAGAACGGGUUACUUCCGGGUUUUGGCACAUGUGCAGGAACGCCGAAUCAUGACCCGCGUGUGCGCAGAUGUGGCACUGCGAGUUGAGAACGUGCCUCCCGCACGGAUCACGUUCGCAAUCCAAGGUUCCACUGUACAUCACAAUCAAGAGCAGGGAAAGAGGAAAGCACUUGUGAGCAUUAUUUUUAUUCCAUACGAUUUAUAUACCAUUUGAUUGUUAAACUGUGGUUUAAUCAGGGGUUUGUUUGUUUUUUCAAAAUAUGGCUUAACUGUAGGUGUGAACUGGUGUUUGACUCUUCGUAUUAAAUGGGAGUGGAGUUAGCCAGGUUAAACAACCUCAUGACAUCUGUUGCUGAAUUUCCUUUAGCAAUUUUGCUGACUUUUGUAGUAGUUCUAGUCAUGAUAUUCUACAUUAUAAUAUGGAAUUGCAUACAUGACAUACAUUUGCAAAAGUUGCAAGAAGUUGGGCUAUAUAUAAUCAUUGUACAUCAUUUUCUUUAACAUUUUCUUUGUGUGUUUUUUUAAAAACAUCAUUUCUCCUGUAAUUCUAAUAUUAUUCCUCCUAGGAUUCCCCAGAAUUUGAUUUACUAUUUGAAAAUGCUUUUGACCAAUGGGUAGCAAGCACAGCCUCUGAAAAAUGUACAUUCUUUCAAAUUCUUCAUCAUACCUGUCAGCGGUACCUUACAGACAAAAAGCCAGAAUUUAUUAAUUGCCAGUCUAAAAUUAUUGGAGGUAAGUCUUUGUGUUUUGAUAUGAAUGGGUGGCUCAGCUCAUUUCAGAUUAUUAUACUAAUGAAUUCUUCUAAUGUGUUAUGUCUAAAAAUCUGCAGUGGCUGAGGCAAUCCGUCUGGGUUUCAGUGAUAGUUGUAAAUAUAGCCGUUUACAAAAUCUGAAAUUAUCAAAAUCUGAACCAAAUAAAAGCUUUUAUAAAUUGAUCUGAUGGGUCUUAAGCCUAGAUUUCCCAGAUUUCUAGCUACUUGUAUGUAGUACCUCUUGUUUCAAAACUGCAAUUUACCUUGGAAGAAAUAUUUCCUAUAUAAUUAUUUCUUUCCUGGCUUUAAUCUGUGGUGCUUUAGUGCAUGAGGAUACUGCCUCCAGUUCGUGUCUUACUUCUUCCCGAUAUUGAUUUAAAAGGCUGAAAAUUUAAUUCCUUUCUCUGCUGAUUUUGUUCUUUCCCAUUUAGCAAACAUUGAUUUUGCCAGUGUUUCUUAAGGAGCUAAAUUAGAAUAGGUGUUGUCGAACAAUAGCCACUUUCAUUUAUGCACUGCUUUAUUAUGCCAAAACAUCUUCGUUUAUGUACCAGCCUUAUUGAUGUCAGCAGAGCAUGCAAGUGCAGCCGUGCAUGUUGUUGCUUCAGAUAACAGAAAUCUGUGUGUUACUCUCCCAGGGUUUGUGAUAGAUGUGUUCCAAUAUCUUCUGGUUGUUUCCAAUGAAAUCCCUUGUAGUCAGAUUUGCUAGCUGUUAACUAAUUGAAUUGGCCAUUGAAGUCUUUAAAGCAGCUGGAGAAAAACAUGCCACCCAUAAACUUCUGCACCAAGUUUACUUCUUAUUAGCAUCUCCUGGUCGCCAAAGAGAAUCUGACAGCACAAUUGGAAACUGCUCCAGAGCUGCUUGUAAUUUAAGAUCAACUGAACUUCAGAGCCUCCAUAGUCGAACAUUUUGGAACUCGAACACCAAAAACCCAGAAGUAAAUGCCUCGACUUUUGAACGCGCCUCCAAAGUCGAACAGGAAACGCGGCUUCCAUUUUGAAGCUUCCGCUUUCAGUGUUCAGUUUUUGAACGUUUCAGAACUCGAAAAGACUUCGGGAACGGAUUACAUUCGAGAACCAAGGUACCACUGUAUUAUCAAUAGGAAAUGCUUCUUUAAAUCCAUGUGACCAGAAAAAUUAGGAAUAUUUGGUGGUGGUGGUACUACUACAUUUUUGUACACAAGGUCUCUGUUAAAGAACUUCUUAAUGCUUAUCUCUAGAAUUGUGGGAAGCAAAGGGAAAGGAUGGUUGGAUUGAAUUAUACUAAAUAAUUGGCUUCCUGGGUUUCACUUGAUGCCAACUAUCCAGGGCAAGUACUAGAUCCACCAAAGGUCCAGUGCCCUGCAUGCCUUCUUCCUUGCUCAAGUGAAAGGCCAUGGGCACAAAUACACGCUGGAGCUUCAAACACGAGGAAGUAGCAUUGGCAUCUACGUUGAGAAAUUAGCCUUUAGUGACAUCAUUCUGGAGCAGGAUCUUUUGUGCCUCCUCAUUUCCUCUUACAAUGCUUUUGGCAUGUAACAUAAUAUGAGCAACACAGUAACUGCAAUGCAUACUUCUUAAACAUUGUCUUUUGUUCUUUUCCAUAAUCUUACAUUAAAUUAAGUGGAGCGUUGAUAAAGAAAUGGGAGGAAAUAGUAAUAAAUGGGUGAUAAAUGGGGUGGUAGAAUGUAUAGGGAAGUUUUGGCUUGAUUUUUGUAUUUUGAUGUCAGAAAUUAUGUUGAAAGCUGAGGCACAGGGAUUUGCCCUUUAACUUGCACUGAGAAGACAGAAUUUAUUCAGCUUUUCUGCUCUCUAUAGUAUCCUCCUCUAGCACAUAGCUGAGUCCCUUAUCAUCCAGAGUUCCAGCUGCUUCCCUAGCCAGUAGGUGAUGUGAUGGACAGACCUGGGGGUCACCCUCCUGGAGACCCUGUAGCCAAUCAUGGCAGAGUGGUGAAACAACAAAUCAGGAAUGGGUAGAGAGUAAAAAGGUAGAAUUCGACAGUUUAAAGGGCCAAUGGUGCCUGGCUAGAGAAGAAGCUGGGAGAUUAGAGGUUUGUUAUGCAGGACACAUUGGUUUAACUCAGGAAAGGAAGAGAUCCUUGAAUGGGGCUAGAGAUUUUUUUUAGAAGGAAUUUGAUUUAUUGGAAAUAAGUAAAGUUCUUAAUUGCAUCUGUAUAACUAAGUACUGUACCUUUACUAGCAAAAUCACUAAGCUUUAUCCCUCAUAGAGUGAGUGCUUUACAGUUUUGUUCCCAUUAUGCCCUCAUCUUUAUUUUUUCCCCAGUUCAGGAAAUAAAUGGUCAUAGGACACCCACAACAAUAAGAGUCCUUGUUGCUGAAUUGUAGUAAUCAGUUCCACAGGCACAUAAUCUCUUAAUUCAGAUUUGUUUCUGAUAGGGAUUGUCUUAAAUUUAAGCGAUUCAGGCCCAGUAACAUAACCUCACUCCAUCCUUUACUAAGGGAGCUUGCCACAGUUAGCCUUCUUGGUUUUAGCAAUGUGCUCCUCAAAUUCUUUUUUAGUGUCCCUUAUUGUAUGCUUGCACAUAUUUUGCCUAGAAAUGGUGUGCAUGUGCAGAUAGAUUGUUUUUAAAUUAGGAAAUGAGAAGGCAGUCUUCUUAUUUAAUGAGCCAUUACCUGGUGUGUAGACCUUUGGAAACCAUCCCGGUGCACAUACUGAUUUAUUGAGUGGCCCUGGCAAAGCCACAGUUUGUCAGCCUCUAACUCACUAUCUGCAAUAGGGAUGUUAUGACUUAUGAUAUAAAGCACUUGACAAAUUGAAGUGCUAUAUAAGUCCCUAAAUAGAUAGACCAUUAAGUUGUGAGCAUUGCAGGCUCAGGAGGCCCUACCAAGACAUCUCUCAUGGCACCAACAAGAUAAGAUUUCACAGACUUUGCUUACAAUUUUUUGGUGCUCAAAAGCAACAUUUUCUGGUUUAGGACAUUUCUGUAGUAAAGCAGCUAUUUUCUUCCUUCUUUUGACUUGAGGCUUGGUGUUGAAGAAGGUGCAUCUCUGCUUGAAAUGCAGUAGCCUUUUAAAAGGUGACUUUUCCUCUGCAACAGAGCAUUGAUUAUUAAUUAAAACAGCAAAAUUGUUAUCUGCCCAUAUGGUUGCUUAGCUGUCAAAAAAAUUCAUCCUAGUUUUGAACUUUUCCUAAAAUGUUGGAAAUUGUUCUAAGGGAGUUGCUGCAAAAUAGAAAUUAAAACUUAUUUGAAGUAUGCCAAAUAAUGGUGCUAUCCUGUAGAUCCACUUAAGUAUUGAUUUCAGUGGGUCUAGACUGAGUACUGGAAGGACAGAUCGUGAAGCUGAGGCUCCAAUACUUUGGCCACCUCAUGAGAAGAGAAGACUCCCUGGAAAAGACCCUGAUGUUGGGAAAGAUGGAGGGCACAGGAAGAAGGGGACGACAGAGGAUGAGAUGGUUGGACAGUGUUCUCGAAGCUACAAACAUGAGUCUGACCAAACUGCGGGAGACAGUGGAAGACAGAAGUGCCUGGCGUGCUCUGGUCCAUGGGGUCACGAAGAGUCGGACACAUCUAAACAACAACAACAAAGACUGAGUAUGAUGUAGUUGGAUAUCUCUCAUCAUGCAUUCCUGACAUCAACAUUGUGGCUUCCCUCUUGCUGCUUACAUUUUAGAGCACUGUGAAACUGGAUAACAUUAGUGAUUAUUCCCAAGGUGGAUAUGGAUUGCUGUUAAAGCAAUACCUUUGCUGGUUGCUGUUCAAGAUUUUUUUCUCUAGGCACAUCUACCAUAUAAGUAGUUGGUGAGAAUACAGCAAGACAGGAAAGUUAUCAGCAAGGCCCACAUAUAUCACACCAGACUCUUAACUGAAGUACUGCUUUUUCAUUAUUUGCAGUAUUUCAUCCCAUAGUAGUUUCAGGUUACUUACUCCUAUCUGAGUACAUUCCUGCAAUCAUUUUUAACUCAGAAAUGAGCAAAUCAUUAAGCUUUUGCACAUCUCUGAAGAAGAAAAAAAUGCAGUUAUGGACUAUUAUAGUCAUGGUUAUUUAAGCUAAAUGCAUGAUACUAGUGUUGAUUACUUGAUUGUUAUUUUUGUACCCUUCUGGCUAACUUUAGGUCAAAUUGGUGUAAUCAAUCAUUUUACAUACUUCUAAGAAAGCUGAUAUCUGUGCUAUAUUCUUAGAAGCUGAUUUAUUGUGGAAGGAUGUUAUAGCUCAUUUGAGGGGACUGCCAUUAAAUCGUAGAUGGUAAGAAAGGUUCUCAUUCAACAAUAUUUUCGCCAGUAACUUAGUUUUAUGCGCUGCUAUUUCAGCAUUAUUUUGCAUAGCUUUCCCUAAGGUCUAAGAACUGUAGCUGAUAUUAAAACUGGCACAGCAUCACUAGUAAUUUUCCUCUCUCCUUGAAGAGGGUUUUAUAUCCAAAAUACUCUAUCAGCAUAUUCUGGGAUGAAUCCCUCAAAUUUGGAAAUGCCACUAUUACAGUCUGUAAUGAAAGUCAAGAGCCUUUAAUUCUUUCUGAACUUAUGUCCUUGUUCUGCAGUAAAAUAUCUACUUUUAAUUAUUAUUUUGGGCCCUUUCUGAACAUAGCAAAUCCCCGAUGUUUCCAAAAUGUACAUUCCCUAGAAAGCACCCAAAGCAACAAAACACCCAAAGUGUUUAUAGGCAGACGUAAAUCCCAUUUAGUUCAAUUAAGCUUAUUCCCAAGGUGUUGUAUCCCACAAAGCUCUACUCAAAGUAGACCCAUUGAAAUUAAUGCACCUUAUCCAUGUCUAUUAAUUUCAGUAGGUCUACUCUGAGAUUAGCUAACGUUUGAUAUAAGUGAAGGUCCCUUUCCAGAAUAACUUACAGCUGUUGCCAGAUCAACGUGAACCACAUUGGGCAGUUCUGGAGUGCAAAUUUAUUUCCCUGAACUGGUUCUUUUUUUCUCUCCUUCAGCGUGCGUUGCAACAAAUUGCUUGUUGAAUACAGGUGGUUUUGGGGGUGGAAAACAGAAUGUGGAUUAACACCCACCUUCCAGCUUCACGACCUUGAUUCAGAUCAGGGACCCUGUGACUGCUGUUCAUUAAAAAGAGAGAGAGAGAGAAAUCUGUUCAUUAAAAAUAGAGAGAGAGAAAUCCCAAUCAGAAGUUGCAUGGAGUUUGACCCAAUUUCCUAUUUACACUUGGAUUGUUUCAGUAAAGGUAGCUAGCAUGUGAGCUCCUGAAGAACUCAGUUGCUGACAUCUGCAGGCAAAGACUAGGACUGCAAAGUUUUUUAAUGGAAGGCGGGUAGAAAAGUGAGAGAGCAAAGAACUGGGAGGUGGUAAUUGGGAUUCAGCAGUGGGCUGCUCACUCUGCUUUCUGUUCCCAGGAGAACAUCAGUUUUCCUACUAAAUUGCAAGAACUCACUGGCUCAGACUCUGAGAAUUGAAAAAGCACACCUACCUUUGCUUCCUGUAACCUUUUUAUCCUGGACAGCUGGCUGGAGUUACUAAUGGAUUAUCCAAUUCUAUUUCCUUGGAGGAUAUUUUGCCACUGUGAUAGUUAAUGAGUCAUUUGCUUUUCACCAGCCAAGUAUUGGCUUAGAUUAGCAAAGCAUCCUAUAAAUAGCCCACAUGGUGAUGCUGAUAGUUUCACAAAACACAUUAUUUAAAAAAUCCAUUUGGAUUUUAGAUUCAUCAGAACUUUCAAAAGUGCAUACACACAGGUUUGCUUUUUUAUUUUUAAAGAAGAGCAGAAAAUUUAUUCUGCUAAUCUUACAUGAGUCUUGGUGUAUUCUGAUCCAGGCAGACCAACAUGCAAAGAAACUGAAAGCAGACCUUGGAGUUCUCAUCCCAUUCAUGUGAUAGAAGCAGAGUGAGACUUACUGUAGCUCCUCCCAAUUUGUUCUAGUUUAAUGUGAUAUGCAGCCAUGGGAAGUACCGUAUUUUUCGCCCUAUAAGCCCAUAGGACGCACCUAGUUUUUUGGGGGGGGGAAAUCAAGGGAAAUUUUUUUAUUUCCCCCCCAGGUUUGUGCAGCCAUCCCCAAGCUAGAAGAGGGAGACGGAGCGCUCCGUCUCCCUCUUCUGCCUUCAGGAACAGCCUCUCUAGCCUCCGUGGGGCAGCGGCUUGCCCCGCUGUCCCCCGAGCUUGUGGGGCUGGCGAUGGGGAGAAGCAAGCUUGCUUCUCCCCCGCCGCCAGCCUCCAGCACCUCUUUUUCUAGAAAAAUAGCACUGGUUCUGAGCCACUCAGAAGUCUCCAUGUUCACAGGAGGCUUCCCCUAUUAGUCCCCCUUGAACUCAUGGGUGCAGAUGGGAUAGAGGGUAGUGUAUUCUUUCUCCCUCCCUCCAAAAUGUAUUUGUUUAACCAAGACAUCAGACAUAGAUGUCUGAAUAGGGAUAUUGGAAUGAAUGUUUCUACUGUGUAAAUGCUAUGGGCAAGAAGUGAGAGGUUAGAAAAUAAAUAGUGUUUCAACCUCUCAUGAAUUUUUGACCAGGAAUGCUCUGUGAAGUUUAUCACUGGGGCAAAUAAAGCACUGGCAUUAAAUGAGAGUGCAGGCCUUGGCUGGAUGAUGGUAUUAUUUGGGUUCAUGAUAUGGUUGUUGUUGUUGUUUUAUGCCCCACCCAUCUGUUCAGACUGUCAUUUCAACUUGUUGGCCUCCUUUGUUUAUUUUGCCUAAUUGGUUUUGGAUAUGGGGGAUUUGUGUGUUCAUAAGAAAAGUUACAUGUUCUUUCUCCAGGGAAGGUGAGAAGACAAACUUAGAAAAUGUUGAAGUAAUAAGGCCACAGGUCUAUGCAGAGUGCAGUCCUUUGUUUGCCUUCAUAAGUGGGUACAAACACCCAUUUCUCUGAUUAAGGAGCUAUCUGUUAGGAUUUAUUCAUAUGGACUUUGUUCAUUUUUUAUUCAACUUAGUCUUGUAAAACUUUCAUCUGUGAGGAAUACAUUCAAUCUUGUGUUUUAUCAUAUUUUGUUCCUUCAGUGCUAUUGCUGCAUCUUUCUUUAACCUUAUUCAGAUUUCUUCAGUAAAGGUUUUAAAGCUCUUAUUAUUCUUGUCUCUGUCCUUCAUUGAUUCAGUCCUCUCUAGUAUCUUUUUCACGGUAGUUUAGCUAGCUAUUGGCAAUAGCAAUAGCCUGAAUUCAGAACCAUUCCUACUGUGUCCUUUUGAAGAUCAUAGGACAGUUUACAAUAUAAAAAUGCAUAACAUACUAAAGAAAAGGGGGGAGAGAGACACAUACAUUGCAAAUUUUUCAGAGCUAUUACUGAUAAAGUUGUCCUGAAUAAUUGGUUUCUAUUAGUUUAUUCCUAUUAUUUGUUGACCAGGUCUUUAUUUUGACAAUAAAUAAUCUAGGAAUCAGAAUUCUAAUAUUUGAAUUGUUAACCACAUAACGAAAAUGCCUAGGCAAUACCUUUGGUGCUUAGAAUAUUAGUAAUUACUUUCUGGAAAUGGAGACCACUAAGAUGUCCACUUAUAAACGUAAGAAACCUUUAGUUAUUAUUAUUACUAUGAAAACAUGGUUUGUAAACCUGUUUCAUUAUUUCAGUCCCUGUUGAUGAGAGAAACAUGGCAUAGCUCAUGAAAUGCCGUCUUGGGCAUAUGUGUUGGGUGUGUUGCUCUCAUCCUCUCCAGCCCAGUCUCCAAGGCUUAGGCUCAUUGUGAGAGGCAGGUGUGCACUUUUUGCAGGUCCUCUCUAAACUGCCUGAUCAGCUGAGUGAGCCUUUGUUGUCUGGUUGACUCAUGUGGGACUCAGACCUGAGUUUAAAUGCCUUCUCAAGUACAGAUCUGUUAGGUGGCCACUAUCACUUGUCAUUCAGCUUCUACCUCCAAUCUAAAAAAUGGGAAUUAACCUGCCUUCCUUACAAAUUUGUUGCAAAGGUAAACAAGCUUAUAAAUGAAAGUCCUAUGUUCUCUUUGCAUUAUUGAGGGGUAAUGUUAAUUAAAUUAAUGGUUUAAUGCUCUAAAUGUCAUGACGCAGCAUUGUAGCAGCUCUUUCCAAGAGUUACUGCCUGUGACAUAGUCCCUCCUGAGUUCCACUGCAAGGAAGACAGAAAGGUGAGACAGCUACAGUGUGGUUUCAGUUGUGCGUAAUUUUGUGGGAAUUGCUGCUGUGCUACAUGACUGUUCAGUGCAGGCAAUACUGAAGCACCUCUGCUCUUAAAUUGUCUCUGAAAUGUGUGCAGUGGAGAAAAAGAGAAACCUCCCUGUAGCCUUUCUUGUUUGUACUACUUGGCUUGGGCUAUUUGAUACCUAGUGCAGAAUUAAUGAGAGAAUGGCGGCACUGUGGAAGACCUGUCAGUUGAUUCCACAUUAUGGAGGGAGAAUGAAUUAGGAAUACAGCCAGUGUGUGCUUAAAUGGCUCUACUUGAGCAUCACUAAUCAAAUAAUAGGGCUGCAUAUUAGGCCAUAUUAUAUGUCCCUAUAAAUGCAUAAUUUAUUUGCUUACUUAUUUAAUAAAAUUUAUGUAACCUUUAUUUAACAAAAUUAAUACAUGCAGUGACCAUUUUGCAUGGGGGUUGCAUAGUGUGGGUACAUGGCUUGGCAUUUUUCUGGAUAUACCUUGGCUGUUAGUUGGACCUUAGCCCUUCCUAUCUUGCCAGAUAAUGCAUUUCAGUAUACAUAGAUUAAGUCUGUUUGGUUUUAUCACCAUGAGUUGGUCAACAGUUCUAAUUUCUACACCUGCCAUAUUAACAGAUGUGAUUUUGUGGAAUGGUGUAUAGGAGCCUAGGGAUAACCAAACUACCUCAGGAUAGCUUAGUCUUAUAUGAUCUACACACAAGGCACAGGCAUGUGGUAAAAUCAGCAUUGGGUAAAUAACGAAAAACUUUUCUUUAAAAACCAUAAACACACUUGGCGCAUUGAUUAAAUAAGUUAAGAUUUAAUGACACACUUUCAUGUUUCUCCUUUCAGUCUGUACCCACAGUUCUGUCUGUUAAGGACAUUAUCCAACUGUUAGCAACUGUUCGAUGCAUGUUACCAGAUAUAUAAAUGAAUAACUAGGAUGAAAAUAGAAUCUAUAUCAAUCAUUUAAGUUCAGUUAAUUGUAACCAGCAUGAGUUUGACCAAACUGCGGGAGGCACUGGAAGACAAGUGCCUGGCGUGCUCUGGUCCAUGGGGUCACAAAGAGUUGGACACGACUAAACGACUAAACAACAACAAAUAUCUAAAAAGCAGUGUAUGGUUUGUUUCUAUCAAGCUAAUUUCACAUUUCAUGUAAUACGCCAUACAAUUCCCCCGUUCCACUUAGUUCAGUUACCAUUUAUCUCUCAGUUCAUGUAUGUCUCAUUGGCUGCUCUCCUGUACACAGCUAUAUGUGCAAAAGAGCUUAUCCCUCUUAAGUCAAUGGGAAUCAAUCAGCCUAACUGUACACUGGGUUGCCGCUUUCACCUUUAUAAUAUUAAGCUGCUAAGGCUUACCCUAUGUGCAAAAGAGCCCAUAGCAUAUAACAAGCACUUUAUUUUCAUUAAAAAACACAUUUCAGAAGAGUGUACACUUGUUUCACCAAGUCUUAUAUCUCUUUCUGAGCUUAACUAUUCUCUUGAUGGAUUGUGUGCCUUAUUGUUCUUGUUUACAUGUAACAUUAAGCAAUAGUUAAUGCUAAGUUAUAGUUAAUAAACCAUCAUUAAAACCAAGGUAUCUCACAUACAGUCACUCAAACCAUGGUUUGUUUAUCACAGAACGGUUUCUUUCUCCUCCACUGUUGAAUUUUAACCUGUUCUACACUAGUAGCUUUGGAGCAGUGACAGAUCCUUAACCAUAGUUAAGGAGAGAGGUCCAAGUCCAAGUUCACACAUAAUACUAAGCUAUGGUUAACGUUAAGAAAAGUUUAUAAACCGUGGCUUAAUGUUAGAUGAUCAACUUUAACUUUAGUUAAAUAAACCACGGCUUAUAAGCUGUAGCUUAUUGUAAUGUGUGAAGAUGGUCAUCGUUGCUGUUUAUUAAACAAAACAGAAGGUUUCAUAAUAUCCUAGUACUAGUAGAAUGUGAGAGUUUUAAAUUCAUGUAUAAGAACUUAAAAAUAUGUACACAAGGAAAUGAUUAAUCCAAUUUGCAUUAUAAAGCAAAUAACCUACUGUGAUAGACUGUUACAUCUGAUGAUGCAUAAACAUUAAAAUGACUUUGCCAAAUACAGGAAGUUUUAAUUAUGCUUGUGUAGAUUCAUGCAGAUCAGCUUUUUCUUAUCUAUAGUGCUUAUCUUUGUUUAAAAAACUACUUAUCUGUUUCUUAGUUAAGAACUAUGGUUUGAAGUUACAGUUUGGCCCAUCCUUAAGUAUAACCACAGCACAGAAGACUGAUUUGUACAACUCUGUAGGUCUCUUUCCAUCCCUUCUGCUUUACCAAAUGCAUAGCAAUAUAAUGUACAUUCUUAAUCUAACACCAUGUUUUUCAGGACUAAAUUUGAAUUAGAUUAUAUGUAAAUAUCUCUAUCUGUCCUGAUCAUCUGUGCUGGAUCGAAACUUCAUUACAUCAAAGUAAGCUAUGUCAUAUCAGUACAUGCUACACUGCCUAUGAAUUUGACACCAUUUUUCCUAAAAUGUGAUUGCUCAUCUGCCUUAAGCCAUUAGCAGAGUAACAGCAAUGUCUUAAUUUUGUGAUUUGAGCUAUGCAAGACUAUUGAAAAUAAUUUAAGCCCCUAUAGCUAGAACAAACGCUUAUUUGACCUACUUGUACUAUUUAUAUGGGGGAACAUAUGGCAUCUCUACUUCCAUUCAUAAUAAUAGUACAACAAGAGCUGCAGCAUUUAAUCCUAUUUUUUGUAGCUCAAGUUAUGAUUGCUUUCCUGAAUAGUUGCAUUUUCAGUCCAGAAAUAUUAAAAAUUUCUCUAACUCUUAUCUCCCCAGCAACACAAGUCACAGGAGAGCCAUGUGUAUCUCCUCAUAACUGUAAUACUUUCCUUCCCUUUUAAUUAGGUGGUGGUGGUGUGUUAUGUUUAGUUGCCAGUGUAUUGUGUUUAGGAAGUAUAAAACCAGAAACUAUCAGGCUUAUACUCUGGCUUAUACUUCCUUAAGUGAAGCUUAUUCUAUCAUUCAUGUUAUGCAGUCAUUUGAUAAAAGAUGGGUAGAAUUUAGAGACCAGCUGAAUAUGUGAGCCCUCUUACAGUUAAUUAGGUAUUUACUAGAGCUGUAAGCUAAGAUUUCAAAUAUUGAUUAAACCGCUUAAUCAGGAGAGAGACCAUCAGCCAUCAUCACUUUGCUGUUUGGUAGAAAGCUCUGUCUCUUGAAUUUUUGCUUGCUAUGCAGCUGUUAAAAACACAGAAAUCAAAGAGACAGGUCAAUUCUGUCUUUACACAGGUGAACGCUGUUCCUGCUUUGUGCACUGAAAAACUUGGAGUUCUUGGUUGCUGAAAUCAUUGCCAAGACCAUAUUUUUUGCAACUCCAAAAAUGCUUAUAAAAUUCAAAGUCCUUAAGAAACAUCCCUUUCUACAUUUCAUUUUGAAAUACCAUUUCUGCUACAGAAAUUUAAUGAUUGAUAGCCCACUUUAUUUACAAUACAACCAUAAGAAUUCCAAUCUGGGACAUUGUAGGAGCAAAGAAAUGGACACUUCCUCCCUACUCUUUAGAAGUGAAUUGAUAGGGUGUGAGCUGAAAUGUUCAAGAGUCAGUUGCAAGGCAAUAAACAGAUUUGCUAAUGAGUGGACUUUUGGUUUAAUAGCAGAUUGUACUCAUUUUGAAAUGAGACACCAGUUCUCAAACUUGUUUUUAUAGUAGUUCCAAACUCCUGAUCAAACCAAACGCGUUUGAUUUACAAAUGAAACAGUCAUCCAGAACAAACUUGCUGAGACAAUCAUACACAAGCAGUGGGAUGGGGGCAAAUAAUAAUAAUGAUUGUUUCCUGCUGACAAAAUCAGUUGAUUCUUCUUUUAAAACUACAAAGAGAGAGAUAGAGAUUUGCUGAUCAAUUCCAUUGCAAGACCAUGGCCUUUCUCAGAAAAGUGUGGACAAUUUCUAAAUUCAUUGCAUUGUUAGACCACAAGCAAUGCAAACACUUAAUAAUAUAUUUUCAAUACCAAAUACUUUAUAACACUACAGGUAUGGAAUGUAUGAACAUCAAGCCAUUGAUCCCUAUGUAUGAAUUCUAUAUUUUAUGCCACUGGUGCAUUCAAAAUUGCAUCAGAAAUUCAAACCACACAUGCAACAAUCAGACCUCCAGACAUUUUAGGCCACAACCCCCAAUCAUUCUCCACCAUGGGAUAUACCGUAUUUUUCGCUCUAUAGGAUGCACUUUUCCCCGCCAAAAAUUAAGGGGAAAUGUGUGUGCGUCCUAUAGAGUGAAUGCAGACUGUGCAGCUAAGCCCAAAGCCAGAACAGGGAGACGGAGCGCUGCGCAGCGCUCCCUCUCGGUGUUCUAGCUUGGGAUUAGCUGCGCAAAGCCUCCGCAGGGCAGCGGGGUGCCUUCACCCCACUGCCCUGCGGAGGCUACGAAGGCUGUACGAAGGUGGGGGGGAGGCUGCAACGCUUCCCCCCACCGCCAGCCCCACAAGCUAGGGGGGCAGCAGGAAGGCGGUGCGGCACCUUCCCGCUGCUCCCCGACCUGGUCUUUGGGGCUGGCGGUGGGGGAAAGCAGAGCUUCCUCCCACCAGCCCCAAAGAGCAGGUUGAAAGGAACCCAAAGUCUCCGGAGCCCAGCGGGAACUCCCGCUGGGCUCUGGAGGCUUUGGGUGAACGCACCUUGAAUGCACAGAACGCACCUUGUUUUAGAGGGGGAGAACAAGGUGUGUCCUAUAGAGCGAAAAAUACGGUAAUGGGCAGAGGCUGGUGGAAGUUGAAGUCCAAACAAACUUGGAGGGCAUCAGGUUGGAGAAGACGUAAACUGAGAAGAAAAAGAACAUUAACCGUUCUCAGCUUCAUAAAGUGGUAUUUUUCAUCAGUUUUGUUUCAGCUUUAAAAAAAAUCAAAAAGCUAUUUGGGAACAUGAACACUUUUCUUUUUUUCCUUUUGAGACUUAGGCUAGAAUCCUAUACCAAGUAUCUGGGAGUAAGUCCUAUCCAACUCAGUUGGACUUACUUCUCGGCCAGACAUGUAUAGAAUUUCUCUAUUUAUUCCAGGAAAAGAUGGCAAAGCUCUAUUUUGUGAGUAGAACUCCACUCACGAGUCUCAUAGGUUGAAGAGCAUUAACUCAGUGGUGGUUAUUGCAGAAAGUCUCUUGUUCAGUCCAUGGCAUUUCCAGGUAGAGCUAAAAAAUGGUGCUGGAUGAAGCACAGGAGAGUCUUUGCUAGUCAUUGUAGACCUGUAGUCCCUGACAUCGGACAACCCUCCUAGCAUGUCAUGUGGGCAGGGAGAAAAGGAGAAAGUGUGUGUUUUGGUUUGGGACAAUUUACCUGUUUUGGGGUGGUGGUUUGCUUUCAUUUGUGUACAUGUGUGUCUUUUAUUUUGUGUUGGUGUAUGUGUAGGUGUUUUGCCCAUUUUGGAGAGGAUUUUGAGCAUCAUCAGCUGGGUAUUCUGUGGUGCCCAUGACAGCAAAGUUAGAUUUCCAAAUGUGUCCAUGGGCCCAACAAGUGUGGGUCUCCUGGUGCAGGCAAUAUUGAGCCAACUGGAGCAAUGGCCUAAUAGAAGAUAAAUUCCUGCCUUCCUAGGAUCCAACCUUGUUUGUUUUGUAUCAGAGAGUUCUGAUAUUAGAAAAUGUUGAGAUACAUUUGAUCAUGUCAUUCACAGUUCUCACGUAAGUUUUCCAUUUUUGUUUCUAACAAUUUGUUAUUAUUAUUUUAUUUUAGGAAAUAGCAUAUUACAUUCAGCUGCAGACAGUGUAACCAGUGCAGUACAGAAGGCAAGUCAAGCUUUGAAUGAGCGUGGUGAAAGGUUAGGUCGAGCAGAGGAAAAGACAGAGGAUAUGAAGAACAGUGCUCAGCAGUUUGCAGAAACUGCACACAAGGUAUGAAAUUAAUAAAAUACAGCUUAAGGAAAAGGACAAGAAAUCCUUAAUAUGGUAAUAACUUCUAUGAGAAGCAGGUUGCUAGGAAACCCCUAAUAUUAAUAUGCAACAUUGUUUUCACAUAUUGUUGUCAAUUGUUUAAUCUCAUCAAAAGGUACCAAACCCUUUUCAAUAAAUGCUGGCAAAGGGGGACGUUCUGACCUGGUAAGUUAGCGCUGGCAUUUGUUUGUUUGAAAAAUAUGCAGCCCACACUUCUAGUGCCUGCGUAUUGAGGUGGGGCAGGGAUAUUUUACAACAAUUAAGUAAAUCAAAUAAAGCACAACAUUCCAUAAAAUGAUGUAAUACAACAGAGAUGGGUUCAACAGAUACAAUACAAAAAUAUCAGUUAAAAAAGUUAUAUACCCCAAUAAAACACGUUUGCUGGAAUACAAAAAAGUUUUUACACUCUCUUGGAAGAUUCUGAAGAAACCGAGAAUAUGGUGUGAAGGCUAAUGUUCUACUAUGUGCAUUAACUAAAUCUGAGGUAGGGUCUUCUCAGUAGUGGCACCUGCCCUAUGGGUGAUAUCCAACUAAGGCUGCAAUCCUAACCAUGACUAUUUAAUUCAAUAUGGCUUACUCCCAGGUAAGUGGGGUUACCAUGUCAUACUCUGAAUAAACCCAGAGAAGUCAAUGCCUGGAAACGAUGCCUUAUGAGGAACGGCUAAGGGAGCUGGGCAUGUUUAGCCUGGAGAAGAGGAGGUUAAGGGGUGAUAUGAUAGCCAUGUUCAAAUAUAUAAAAGGAUGUCACAUAGAGGAGGGAGAAAGGUUGUUUUCUGCUGCUCCAGAGAAGCGGACACGGAGCAAUGGAUCCAAACUACAAGAAAGAAGAUUCCACCUAAACAUUAGGAAGAACUUCCUGACAGUAAGAGCUGUUCGACAGUGGAAUUUGCUGCCAAGGAGUGUGGUGGAGUCUCCUUCUUUGGAGGUCUUUAAGCAGAGGCUUGACAACCAUAUGUCAGGAGUGCUCUGAUGGUGUUUCCUGCUUGGCAGGGGUCGGACUCGAUGGCCCUUGUGGUCUCUUCCAACUCUAUGAUUCUAUGAUUCUAUGAUUCUAUGAUUCUAUGAGAUUUUUUAUUAUAAAUAACAAACACAAACAAUCCAAGUGUAAGUUAAAAAACACUAGUUUUCAGAGCUGCAAAUUAACAAAACAUACAAUUAUAAAGUUCCCCAGAUAUUUUAGAUUUAAAAAUCGCCAUGACAGCCAACAGUUUUCAUCUGACAAGCUUCUCACUGCUAGCAUAUACAAAGCAACCUCAUAAAUAACAAACUUAUCUUUAUCAGCCAGCAACCAUCUAAUUUUGAAAUCACCUGUUUGACCUUCUAAAAAAUUCUGGAAUGAAUAGAAGGAUCUGCUCCUAUGAAGGGCAAUAAAGAACAUAGUACACAGUAUCUCCAUCUGACCUUACACAAAAAUGGUCUUUUGUUGGCCUUUUAAAGAAUGUACUGGUUAAAUAUUCUGUUGGCAUGGUUUGAAAGCUGAGCAGAGUAACACAUAUCUAACAAGGGAAAAAACGUUCCACAGAUUGCAAGCAAAGUGUUGCAUCAAACUAUGCAGCAAGACCUGACAAAAAGGAUAUGAGGACUUGCAUUUUCCAUCUCCCAUUUUGCUUUGUGAUACAGUCAGGACCAGGAGAGGAAUGUUGCCACCAGCAGUGCAAAAUACAUCCUUUGGAAAAAAUUUUUUUUUUAGAAAAAAUAAUUUUUAUUAACAGGCCAAUCACAUCACAUUAUCGCAUUGAUUCCAAAUUAUACAGCCAAAUUUUAAAUUUUGUUGGGGGUACCCAUACAUCAAGCUCGGCUCGAGUCCAAAACAGCAUCACUUAUCUUACUGCAUUAAUUAGACAGUUCUCUCCAGUUUGAUUUGGAAAGUCCUUUGUUACUUCUUUUCUCUUCUUGUUGUUAUCAUAAAUUCCUUUCUUUGCAAUCUCUGAUGAUUUUCACAAGCAGGGUAACAGCUGGCAUUCUAUGUGGAUUUUGUACUUUUCCAAAAAUCAUAUUGAUCCGGGACAGCCUCUGUAAACGCUUCCAUAAACAAAGUUAAUCUCCGAUCUGUCCUUUAUUUUUCUCAGGCUUACCAAAUAACAAAUGAGUCUGGGGGUUCUGUCAGGUCAAACUUACAUUCCAACAUUCCUUCUCUUUCAAACAAUCCUGAUUCUCCUCCCCCGUCCUUCUUCCUCGGUAAACCUGUCAUGGCGAGACGCCAUUUUUUAACUGCGUCAUAAAAAUUUUCUUCCUUUCUCACCGUUCUGCAGUCUUUUUCCUUGUACUCCGUCCCACAUAGUUCUUAAAAUUCUGCCUAUGUUUCAUAGAAACGCAACAAUCUUGUUUCUAUCUGGGGUGAAGGGUUAUUAAUAUCACAUCAUGCAAAGAAAAAAAGAGUUUUUUCCUCCACCCCCCCCUUCAUUCCAAACAUACAGUCUCCUUAUGGUGAUUCAUCAGAAGAUUUACUUAUCCAUCCAUCACUCCUGGUCGCAAGAUAUCCAUUAAUCAGCAGUCUUAUCUUCGAGCUUUACUUGAUGUCUGUGCUUUCAGCUUCGUUUCCAAUCGUAUGUUUCCAAUUAUAAUUCCAGCUGAAGCAACCAGCACGCGCUAAUUGGAAUCGGCGCCAGGAAGGUCUGACUUCACCGAGGGCCUUUUGCCAAGUGUUCGGCACCCCAUCACUCGUUUCAGGGGGUGCAUUGUGAACACAGCUGGCAGGGCAGUUCUCCUCCACAUCCUGGAGGAGUUCAGGAAGGCUACAUACUUCCCAUAGUAGCCCCUUAGUACCUCGUAUGGGUCAGAGAGAUGUCAUGUCAGCCAUCUUCCAACGCGCCACCUGGUGGCCCCCCCAUCAUCCUUUGGAUUGCAUUGUAGCAUUUUCCCUAUUAUACAUUUACACUUAAGUCUUGUACUGCCCUUGGUAUUACUGUGGCUAUUCCUUACAUCUUCCAUCAUAAAAAGGAGCUUAUAUUUCUAACUGUGCCUACAAAUACUCUUACUUUUUACCCGUAGAAGAUGGGUGCUCGCUUCAAUUUAGCGAAUGCAUGUUUUUAUGUUUAAGUUAAUUUCGAACUGCUCCCAUCACCCCCAGACACCAUGUUGGUGAAGGCUGAAAGCCUUCUCUUAGAAUAUGAUUAAAACAAAAGUGGCUGUCUUGGUUUUUGAAUCUUUAUCAGUCUGGCUAUAACUCUGCAACUUCCACUAACAAUUACUAGCAGAGGACUAUCUGGACUAUACAUACACAUAUGCUUCUGUAAAUGGAGUUGGAAGCAAAUAUAGACCAUCCCUGACUACCCCAACAUCUUGUCUUCCCAGACUUCUGUUGCACCGCAUCCAUUCAGCCCAAGCACCUCCCGUCCUUGGUGCAAAUCUCUUUUCAAACAAGCCUGAUCUGUUAACCUUGCCUGUGAUCUAGACUAGCAACCUCUGUCUUUCCUCACAUAAUUGGCUUCUUUGCGAAGCCUUCUGCUUUCCCUUAAACACACUUCAUAGUGUUCUCAAGACUUGUUAUCUCCUGUAUUCACAGCCUUUCUCUCACACUCCUCUAUUAUUAUAUGCUACAAGGACUGACCAUCACCUUUUUGUUUCAUAAUAAAUAUGGAAUUGUAGGAUGUGUAUGUGAUACAACUUUCAAGAACUCUAGCCAACCUGGAACAUGACUCUUCUUCCUUUUCUUUAAACAUAUAUAUAUAUAUAUAUAUAUGAAUAUUUCAAGCAUCAUAUCACACCCCUAGAAACUACAGGAAAAACUUGAAACUUAUUCCUUUAAUCCUCAUUUAUUUAUCCUGCAUUUAUGUUUUUCUCCAACAUUCGGAACUGAAUACUAAUGAGCAAUACUGAAUUCCUGUGUUGCUUUCUCCCACUUUUGAAAGUAGUGAAACAAACUAAUUAAUCUGGUUUGUGUUUACUUUUAAACUCUUUGAAGUUGACUUCACAGAGUCAUUGUUGCAAAGUCAAUUAUUUAUACAAGUUGCUGGUUUAUGUGCUUUGUUCCCAAUACUAAUCUGUGCCGUGCCUGAAAUGUAAAAUAAUCCUGCACUGGCAAAAAUCCUAAUGAUGACGUCUAUUAAUGUAAAAAGAAAGAAAGAGAAAGAAAGAAGGUUUAAGUAAAUAUCUGUGUGCCUUUCAGCAUCUUCAUUUUUAAGGAACAUUUCAGAAUCAAGUCAAGGAUCUCACUUAAAAGAUGUAGCACAAAUGCUGUGACAUUUUGUCAGCUCCUGAUAUCACUAUUAAAAUGUUGUCAUUAGAUGGCUGAGGUGGUGUCCAGGAAGUGGCUACAUGUCAAGUUAAUUUCUGUAUUAAGUGGAUAAGAUGUGGGGAGAGAUGCUUGCUAGCACAUCACAUGAAAAGGCUUUUCUGUGUGUAUCCCAAAAUAACCAGAUAUAAGUGCCAAUAUGAGAGCUGAUAUUGAAAGAUGCAGCUGUGUUCUUGUUACCUACUUUAAAAUGUCUUGAGUAUUGGGGCGGGGAAUCAUUUAUUGAAACCCUAGAGAUUUGUUGCCAGUCAAUGUUGCCAACAAUAAACUAGAUGGGCUGGUGCUGUGUUAGCUUCCUAUGACACAGGUUUGUUCAGUAUUCAUAAGGAUAACUCAAGAGGUCUGUACUGCACUCAAGAGGUUUGCUACUGGGCCAAGUUCAAGGUAUUGCUAUCAGCAUAUAAAGCCCUUAACAACUUGGGACCAGCCUUACCUGACAUGCAUCCAUUCGACCGCUUCAAUCGGUGGAAUUGGCACUAUUACAGGUGUCAUAUAAGACCUGUACCUAAUUUGUAAGAACUUGAACUUGUAAGAACUUUUGUGUGGCAGAGCCUACACUUUGGAACUCCCUGUCUACUGAGAUCAAGCAGGUGAAUUCACUGACCUCUAUUUGGCACCUGCUAAAAACAUUUUAUUUAGACAAGCCUACCCAGAUGCUUUGAAAGUUAAGGUGAUUUUAAUCUGAUUUAGUCCCAACCGACUCCAGCUACAAAAGGUGAGGCUGCUGAACAGAUUCUUGGGCUGGGGUACUGGUUAGGGCUUUUCAUUGGGGGAGGGUUUUGGCUGAUUUUUAUUGUUAUUUUUUUGUCAACUUAAGGUGUUCAUAUUUAAGAACACCCCCCCCAGCUUAUGCAAACUAUAUGCUCUAUAUAGAGGAUCAUAAUCAAGAGUCUCUGUGUGUUUCCACCUCCCUUGUAGAUGGGUCUUAGUUCCUUACAUUUUUGUAUAAAUCAAGCCGCACUUUGUUGUGACAUCAGGUCCCCUGAACAGUGGUUUGAGCUAUCCCUCCAAACUAAGAUUGUAAACCGUGGUUUGAUUCUGCUUUGGAGGGAUCACUCAAGCUACUGUUAGUUCUGUAUUUGCAAUGAGGAGGAGGGGUUUAAUAUGCUUAUAUUUCCUUUCAGAGCUUUCUUUAGAAGUUAGAUAAUCUCAUUAACAUUGCAUGUGAUAUUUGUAAUUUAGUCUAAAUAAAGUAAUUUUAAGGUAUUUAUUUUUAUCUUGGUUGGAUUUCAGCAUCUUCAUCCUUGAAAUGAGUGAAAACAACUAAGUAUCUUCCUUCUGUAUUGAUUAUAUGGUCAGUGAAUGUAGCAAGCAAUAUAAACUCAACAGGAGAAAGUUUUAUUGGGAUUUGCACCCAAUAUAUACAUGCUUCCAUUUUGUCUGCAGCACAGGAACUAAGCCUUGUUCAUAAAUGCCCAGCCAUAAUUGUAAAUAAGUCUUAAUGCAUCUCUCACUCUCUCACACAUUUUCCCUCCAGCUUGCCAUGAAGCACAAGUGCUGA